GCGGUCCCCGCCUGCGCUUCUCAGGGUCGGCGUAGCGAGACCACGGGCGCGCGCGCGCGUUCCUCGUCAGCAGCCGACAUGGCGCUCGCUGGGCUCGCGCUGCGCGGCGCUGCUGCGGCGGCGUCGAGACCUCGGCCGCGGCUACGUUUCGCGACGGGGCCUCUGAGCCGCAGGCACGCGGCGCAUUUCACUUUCCAGCCGGACCCAGAGCCCACCCAGUAUGGUGAGAGCUUCCGUCCUCCUCACUCGCUCCUGAGUAGAAGCGAGCCGCCCUCGCUUUCCCGUCCACGCGCCCGGCGGACUGAGGCGGCGCAAAGCUGAGGCGGUAGAAUGGACUGCACCAUUUAAGGAGGGGGGAAAAGAAAAAAAGAUACUUUCACACACCCCACCGGAUGCCGUUACUCAAAAACCGCGCACCAGGCGCUAGGCCCUUUUUCUAAGUCCCGCGCCUUUUAUUUCUGAAGAAUCUUUUACGUGCAGCCGAAUUUUAAAAAGGCACCUUCCACCCCCCCUCGUCCCCUUAAAGUGGUGCAGUCCGUUCUCCCUUCUCAUUCCCGCUUGGUUCCGCUGUCCUAUGGAGACUCAGCCUCAUGUUGCUGCUGGGGAGGGUGAAGGCUUGGAGCUAGAGGGCGAUCGCUUUGUGAAUGGGGGGCAGAAAUAAAUCAGACUUGUUUACUCUCCCCCCCCCUUGCGUGGUGGUGCUCGCGUUAUUAAAAUUCAGGUUGCCCACCUCAUUGUGGUACUGCAGAGCAGCAAGGCAGCCAGGUGCCAAAGAGGACAGAAGGACACUGGCAGUUUUUUUUAGCAGUUAUGGCAGAAAUUUGGGAGGCUUGCACCCAGCUGGUAGUUUGCUGUAGUUCUUUGCAUCUGGUCACAUUCACUUAAUGUUGGAGUAGGGUUUUUCUCCUUCAUCCCCUUGAACGUGGAACUCCCAAAACAAGGCGUCCUGUAAAUAUUGAUUCUAGGGAGUGAGAGAUGUUACUGACAAACACACACUCCUGUGGGUAGGAGUGACAGUAAAAAUCAUGAAAACCGCCUCCCAUACACACAGGCGUACAGUGGUACCUCAGUUUACGAACAGUCCUGUUUACAAACUAUUAGGUUUACGAACUCCACAAAACCGGAAGUAGUGUCCUAGUUUGCGAAUUUUAUCUUGGACUACGAAUGAAAGCCGAACAGUGAAAGGGCACCGGUGGAGGGAGGCCUCAUUAGGGAAAGCGCACCUCAGUUUAAGAACGGUUUUGGUUUAAGAACGGACUUCCGGAAUGGAUUAAGUUCGUAAACCGAGGUACCACUGUAUAUGUAAACGAUGGUACUACUAGAACUCUGUGACACCAGCCUGCCAUGAUUUAUCUGUACAGAAGAUUUUUAAAACUCAAAAGUUUACAUACGCUGAAAUGAAUUCUUGGAGAUGUGACCUGUGCUACUUUAUAGUUCGUACAUGAGGUCACUUCUUGAAGAGAAAUUGCGUCAGUCAGGCUUCAGAACUAUAACGAUUUUGUACUUUAGGGUGCAGAGAUAGACAGUUACACCUGUUAAGUAAUUCCACUUCCUUGCUUCCUAAAUACCAUUGAACAGCUGGCGGUGGAAGAAUGCUAAAAGGAUAGCCUAUUAUGAGUGCAUCCAAAAAAGUGUGUGUGUGUGUCUGUGUGUGUGUAUAUAUAUGUGUAUAUAUAUAUAUAUAUAUAUAUAUAUAUAAAAAAUGUUACAUAAUGUCUACAUUCACAUGAACAAAGGCAAACAAUUGGGUACUAGAAGAGCUGUUGUAGGGCAUGGUAUCGACAUAUAGUACCUCAGUGCAGAAAAAUGACCCCAGUGAUUUCUGCUAUAAAUUAUGCUGAUGGCCUAUUAUCUUCAUUGGUUUGCUAGUUUAUUGUAAGUCUCGGUACUGACCCCGAUGUGAUAUAACUAUGCUGUGCACAAGGCUUGACUACUUCUGUGUAUGGUUAGGUGAGAACAUUAGGGGUGGAGACAUUUCAUUAUUCCAAAUACCUGCUUUAUCUGUUUCUUAUAUUUCAAUAAGAAACAGGAAUAGCUCAUUUCAAUUCUGUACAAUAUUUUCCACAGUAUUUUUUCUAGUUGAUAAUAAUAGGAUUUACAAUUCGGUUUUCCAUAAGGUCCCAGAGUGGAGUAUAUACAUUUUAAUGUUACAAUUAAAAUAAUUAGAUAAAAUUUCAAUUGAAAUAGUGCAAAACCAGUUCAAACCAGCAACAUCCAAAUAUUACAGUACCGCAGAGGGGAAUUAGCACUAUGUAUUAUUCAGUCAUCCCCCAUUCCCCAUCUUAAGCUGUUACUGAAAAGUACAAUGAUUAAAAAACAUAAUCCUAUCCAUGUUUACUCAGAUUUAAUUUUACCUAUUUAAUUAAUUGUAGCUUACUCCAAUGUAAGUGGGGUUAGGAUUGCAACCUUAGUAUGUAGGCAAAGGUAUUCAACAAAACUGAGCCCCCCAAAGAUUAUUCAUGGUGAAUGUGUCUUAAAAUUUCAUUAUUCACCUUUUGGAUUAAAUAGCAAAAGCAGAAUAGCAGAAGCUAUUUAAUGUACAAGAAAGACAAUUAACUAUUGAUGAGUGGUGAACAUUUCAUACUUGAUGUGUUUCAUUUGACCUUAUGAAGUGCUCAACUACAAUCAAUAGCACAGAAAGUGAUAGCUAACAAGAAAUCUUAACCCUUAUUGCAUGGACCCUUUAUGAAGUUAUAGGUAGUGAAAUGAACUGUGAAUAGCUGAAGGCACUGGGGUCAUGGAAAAUCUUGUAGAUUGGAAAUAUAUCAUGCUGUCUCUGUGGAUUGGAACCCAAUAUUUCAGGUAUUUGUAUUUAACCGUUGUCUUGUCUAACUUAUUGGUCUCUUUGCACAGGCCAGACACAGAAAAUGAACCUUUUCCAGUCCAUUACAAGUGCUUUGGAUAAUGCCUUGUCGAAAGAUCCAACAGCAGGUAUAGUUUUAUAUCUAAAAUUAUGUCUAUGGAGGUUCUUUUGUUAGAAGCCCUUUUUAUUGAAUACACACUCUUAAACUAAAUCUGAAUUAAGGUAAAACUUGUAUGUAAAUACGAAUUAAUUUGAGAUUUAUGUAGCACAAGAGCAUAGUAGAAUUCUAAAAAAAUUAAGCAGUGACUUUGAUCUGUUAGAAACUAUUCAGAACCACGAUAUGGUAAUAAGUUUGAUAGGACCAGCCAUAAUCUCACAAAGUGAGCAAUAGGCCUGGUGGUAGCUAUACAUCCUGCUACUGUGCAGCCAGAGUUUUGAUUAUAUUGAAUGAUAUAAUGCAAAAUAUGCAAAGGGUCAGGUUGAACUUGAGAUUCCUUUUAAUUACUAAUCAUUAUUAACUAAGAAUCAUUUUGUAUUCUUGAGCAAUUAUUUACUUAAUUCCUUGUUGUACACUUGCAGUAAUAUUUGGUGAAGAUGUAUCCUUUGGGGGAGUCUUUAGGUGCACUCUUGGCUUGAGAGACAAAUAUGGUGAGUUUACAACUUAUAUGAUUCAUUUGCCAGAUCGUUGUUUCUCUUCCUGUUCACAUUAACUAUUAUAUCAACUAUAUAUACCGUAUUUUUCGCUCUAUAAGACGCACUUUUCCCCUCCUAAAAAGUAAGGGGAAAUGUGUGUGCGUCUUAUGGAGCGAAUGCAGGCUGCGCAGCUAUCCCUGAAGCCAGGAGAGCGAGAGGGAUUGGUGCGCACCUGGCUUCAGGGAUAGCCACGAAAAGCCUACUGAGUGCAGCGCCCCUUCCAUUUCUCCUCCCGCUUUGCUUGGGAGGCGCUGCGCAGAGAGGGAGAGAAUUUUUUUUUUCUUGUUCUCCUCCUCUAAAACUAGGUGCGUCUUAUGGUCGGGUGCGUCUUAUAGAGCGAAAAAUACGGUGUAUAUAUAUAUAUAUAUAUAUAUAUAUAUAUAUAUAUAUAUAUAUAGAGAGAGAGAGAGAGAGAGAGGUUAUAUGUUUGAUUCCACUUGAGAAAUUGUUAUUUCCUUCUUGUAAAGGUGAUCAGAGCAGCCAAUGCAGGCAGCUAUUUCCAAAGUUUAAAAAUGGGCUAACAGCACAGUCCUAUAAUGUCUAUUUAGAAGUAAGCCUGGUGGAGGUAAGAAGGAUUUACUUCUAGGAAAGUGGGUCCUGUAUAGAAUUACAGCCUACUUCACCUUGGUUUUGAAGGUUAAUAAAACUGAAUGAUUUUUAGGCUCUUUGACAGUUAUGCAGGAUGUGCAGAACUAUUAAUAUUCUGCACCAAGGAAUCCCAUAUUUAGCAUUUUAAAAUAUAGCAAAUUUUCAUUUAAUGUCAAGCUUUGUUAGAACAGUGCAUUCAUUUGUGCUAGAUUGUGCUUCUGACACGAGAUGGUUUUAUUUGGGGUCUGUGGUAUUUGCUGAUAGAGCUCAGCAAUUCAAUUUGCCCAACAAGGGGGAAAGACUGCAGUUGCAAGAAACAACAUUUUACAUGUUGAUGUAUCAAGAACUACUAUAACAUUUUGCAAAUGAAACAAGUAGGUUAAGAUUUGUUAUUAAUGACGUCUGACGUGGGGUGGUUUUUUAUGUUGUGGUAUGUGGGGAAAUAGAGAUCUGCACACUUCUAUUUUAAACUGGCUUUAGAUCUACCAGUGAAACGCACUGUGUGGGAAACUUACUCUGGUUGCUGCUAGUGAGAACAUGGCUAGUAGUGUGCAUUCCACUGCACUUUUGGCAGGGGCUUCUGGGACAGCACAUCUCCUUUCACACUGUUACAGCCCAGUGGAACCUCUCCCAAUCCUAACCCCUGCCAGCAACAUGGAUUAGUGGUUAGGGUUGCUCUGAUCACAAAUAUAUUGCAACUGCAACAUUAAUAAACAGUUACUAGUGUAGGUGUUACUUUCCUUACCCUUACACAAGUUUCUUUGUCUGCAUAUUAGUAGUAUAUAUUGUAACAAUGGCCCCUUUUAACAGUAGGUAUAUUUGUAGCUAUGCUUGCAUAAAGCAAAAGUGAUUCAUAUGGUAACAUUUCAUAAAUAUAUUAAACUAUGUUUUUAGGUGUCCACUUACACAUGAUACAUUAAAUGUUUAUAGAUGAGUAAAUUUAGCUUGGGUUUGAUAAGAAACCACACCAAAUAAAAUAUUGAACAUAUUUCAAAACAAACAAAAGUUACUGGAGAAAAGCUCUGUGACUUCAGACUUUCCCAUCAUUGUUCUCUGACAUCACUACUUCUGACAGUACAGUGGUGCCCCGCAAGACGAAUGCCUCGCAAGACGGAAAACCCGCUAGACGAAAGGGUUUUCCGUUUUGGAGGUGCUUCGCAAAACGAAUUUCCUAUGGGCUUGCUUCGCAAGAUGAAAAUGUCUUGCGAGUUCCUGCGGGUUUUUUUCCUUCCCCCCCCUUUUUCCCAAGCCGCUAAGCCGCUUAUCAGCUGAUCCUAAGCCGCUAAGCCGCUUAACAGCUGAUCCGCUAAGCCGCUUAUCAGCUGAUCCGCUAAGCCGCUUAACAGCUGAUCCGCUAAGCCGCUUAUCAGCUAAUCCGCUAAGCCGCUAAACCGCUUAUCAGCUGAUCCGCUAAGCCCGCUAAGCCGCUAAUAGCGCUAAUCCGCUAAGCCGCUAAUGGGCUUGCUUCGCAAGACGAAAAAACCGCAAGACGAAGAGACUCGCGGAACGGAUUCUUUUCGUCUUGCGAGGCACCACUGUAGCUUUUAGUAAAAAAAGUUAUUGUCACUUUGUAGGCUCCUGAAUUCCACUAAGUAGCUUGUACUCUGAGAAGUAUCUUUUGCAUCUGCGCAUCUACCCUAUAUUCUUAUUUUAAAAGGUUUAUUAAGAGAAACUCUUAUUUUUGUAGGUAAAGACAGAGUGUUCAAUACUCCUUUAUGCGAACAAGGAAUUGUAGGAUUUGGCAUUGGAGUUGCAGUAACUGGUGCUACAGCCAUUGCAGAAAUUCAGUUUGCUGACUAUAUCUACCCUGCCUUUGAUCAGGUUGGUGCAUAAUCUAAGAUGCUGAAAAUAAGAAUAACAGUUUAUUGUUAUUUUUCCUUAAAGUAAUGAAAAGCUGAACAGAAAUGGGAUUGGACAUGAGGGAGGCUGAAGCAGAAUGUCAAUAUGACUGCACUAGGUGGGGAUGCUGAUAAGGUUUUGGCACUUUGCAUGUUACAUGAAGCACCAAAAUUGUAUGUGUGAAUGCAGUGGUGCCUGUGCUUGCUCUUCAUCCUUCUAACAUGCAAGAAGAAGAAGAAAAUUUACAGCUCUCCUGUGGGCAGAUAGUACGCUUGUAUCUCCUUAGAGGGGAAAUGUAUGAGUCCCCUUGCAGACAUUUCAAAAAGUGGUGCAAAGUAGAGGUGUGAAUGCAAUUUUGGUGCUACUUCUUGCUGCUGCUUGUAAUGUGAGGCAGCCCUCAGUGAAAAAGUAUUGGAGCUAGGCUAAAAACUGAACAUUUGUAUUUAGCUUUGACUUUGGCUGUUGCAUACUUGAUAAAAUGUACUUUGUUACAGAAAUAAUAAAGAGCAACACAUAAGGGUAAUUUGUAGGAAUCAGAUACUAGAAAUCUGUGUUACAUCUGUAGCUGGCUCAAGGAAGUGUGUUGCAAAGCAAAGAAAAUGAUGUAAAAAUUUAUUAGCAUUUGGUUUUAAGAUUUGGGGUGUCUGUUCCUGCUUAAUAUUGUACAAUGGAACAUGAACGAUCAAAAUGCAUAGUAUGUGUGUGCCUGAGUACAUUCAAGAUUAAUUAAAUAAAUGUAUCUUCCCCUCAGAUUGUUAAUGAGGCGGCAAAGUAUCGGUAUCGCUCUGGAAAUCUCUUUGAUUGUGGAAGCCUCACUAUAAGAGCCCCUUGGGGUUGUGUGGGUCAUGGUGCAUUAUAUCACUCUCAAAGCCCUGAAGCAUUUUUUGCUCAUUGUCCAGGACUAAAGGUAUGGUAAUUGGAUAAAUGGAUUUUAUUAUAAUUGGUGUGGAUUUACCAUUAUGGUUAACUAUUCCUCAUGGGAGGCUCUCUGUGACUUAAGCAAUUGCCAUGUUACCUUGUGAAUGAAUAUGGUGAUGUUUGCAGAUGGACUCUGUAGAUUCCCUUUUCUGUUAACAUGUUUUGACAUGUUAACUAAUUUUUCACAUGGUUCCUUUAUGUAUAAGGAUCACUACUAAUGUGGUAGCAGAGUACUGUGAGGACUUCACCACCCCAGAAUUAAAUGCUAAAAUUAAAUUAAAACCAAACAUUUGAAUUGAGCUUGAGUCUUCAUUGAAGAACGAAGUGCUACGCUAUCAAAUAUGCAUUAAAAAGUUGCAGCUCACAGUCAGUGGACUUGUGUAUUGCAGUUAUUGCUGGAAUGUAUCACUUCAGUCUGAAAGUAGGGGAUCACUUCUUUGUAUGAUUAAGCUGUUUAUACUUCACACAAAAACGAGCAUGGUUUAGAGAAGAACUUACGAAAUCUCUUGGGAAAUCUUUAGGAACUAUCAGCUGGGAACCUUUUGCCAGCAUGGCUACUUGAGUAGAGUCCCUUUAUUACUCUCAGGUUUGAAGAGUGAUGAUUAGAGCUGCCUUUAAUAAACUCGUAACAGAUCAAAUACCAGUGUACUUGAAUCAAACAGAAUUGUCAGAAGACAAUUAUACUGUCAGUCGAAUGGUAUUGCUUUUGAACAAGUGCCACAAUCAGAAUUUCAGUUGAUAUUUAGGGCAGACUGCAUUGGCCUGAGUUUAGCUUCUGAUGUGCCUUAGUGUUUUGCCCUCAAUUUAUUGGGGCAAGUAGCAGAUAAAGUGUAUAGGUACAGCAGUGUCACUGGAUAAUAUUUUGAGGAUUAUAUUCAAGCCUGUUCUAAAAGCAAUGCAAGAUAGGCAUACAGUGAUGUUUCAGUACUGUGCUUCUGAGGCUCUUUUUGUAAGUUUGUUCAAUCUUGGUUUGUUCCACUGUAGUUUGUGCCACACCAGUUUUAAUUGCUACUGAAGCAAGCCAGUUUAAAAUGUAGCUUGAGCCAUUAGUCUUCUUUGAAGAAAACCAUAGAGAGACUGUUUGUGUUGUUGAUUUGUAUAUACCUGAUAACUACUCUGAACUCUGACCAGAUGUAGAUUUUUUUAUUCUAUAAUGUGCUCAUAUUUCAGAAAAAAAUGCACUGGAUGCAGUGGUCACAGUAGAGAGCUGUAGGCUCUUUCAGGUAUUUCUGAGCUAGUUUUGAUGAUUGAAUAAUGGUGGUUAUUAAACUUUGAAUAGUAAUAGUAGUAUAAGAAGGUGAUAGGUAUGCUACGUUGCUUCUGUAAUUAGCCUCUUAAUAAGCAAAGUAUUUUGUUUUGUAGAUUUUCUUAUUCUAUCUUUUUUCCAGGUUGUUGUUCCAAGAGGUCCUGUAGAAGCCAAAGGACUAUUGCUAUCAUGCAUAGAAGAUAAAAACCCUUGUAUAUUCUUUGAACCUAAAAUACUGUACAGAGCAGCAGGUAAAGGCUUUUAUGCACAACAUAAAAAUAAGUGAAUGAAGAUGAUGUUCUGUAUAGGCAUAUAAGGAAGCAUGGUCUAUUUGAGCAGCCAGCUUAAAUUACUCAUUUCCUUAUUUUGUUUAUCGAACAUUUGCUUGGAUAUGAAGAAAUAGUUUAUUUAAAGCAUACUCCUGUGUGUUUAUUCAUAUGAAAGAAUACUACUAAUAAUGUCCCACUGUGUUGAGUCCUGUUGGUGGUGGUGCACAGAUAGUUUGCUAUUGUUUGUUUAAGAUCUUUGAAAGAAAGAUUUCCUGCCUGACAACUAUGGAUUUGCCUCCCUUAUCUUAUUAAUAGGCUGAAGGUUGCCUGAUCAGCUGGAAGGUAGCCUUUUAUUAAUGACUGAAGAAUGAAAUAGGACUAUUUCACUGUUAAGGGUAUUUUACUAUAAUAAUGGCCCAGGGUAUCUGUUUAAAGAGGUUUAAGUUGGCCAUAGUAGUUUGAGCUUGUUUCAGACUUUAUGAAAUAGGAUUAUUUUCACUAAUCAUAUUUAAGAUUAGAUUUCUCAUUCAGCUAUAUCUGCAAUUAAUGGAAACAUUCAAUUUCUUUAUCACAGCUGUCUUAGAAGAAGUGAGGUGAACAGUGAGCAUAAGCUGCAACUUGCUGCGGCUCAUCCUUAUAACUCUAAACUAUGGCUUAGUAUUAUAUGUGAACUGGGCCUGUACCUGUUAAAGCGUUUGCUCGAGUGCUGAAUCAAUGUUCUCUUAUUUAUCAAAGGAACAAUGCAUUUAGUACAAACAGUCAAGAAAGAACUUGGGUCUUAAUAUAUGUAUCAUGUGGGGGGAGGCUCUCAAUUUUCAGUUAGGCUAGAAAUGGAGGUUUUGGGCUAUUUUCAAGGCAGACUAUUCAGGUGUGAUCCAGCUUCUUGCCCUGAAUACAUACACCUGUGGCUUUAGGUAGUCUUCCUGCUAGCAUUUUUUUUAAUGUUUGUUUUUACUCUAGUUUAAUGCACCAUCAAAUCUAAUGCUCCAUCGAAUCUAAUGUGCACCUCAAUUUUCAGAACCUUGAAACCCCAAAAAGUAUUUGCUAGCAAAUGUAAAUGUGCCAUCAAAUCUAAUGCGUGCCUUAAUUUUCACACUGUAAUUUGGCCAAAAAAGGUGAGCAUUAGAUUUGAGUAAAUACAGUCAUAUACAAAAGAGUCGAAUUUUUCACGUUUUCAUGAUGAAAGGGUAAAAUAGUACAUAUUUCCUGUUGUUGAAAAUAUUGAUGUGCCAAAAAUAAGAGAGAGAAGGAAAUAAGCUGUUUGUCUUUUUAUUAGGUGCAUAAUUUAUAAUAUUGGUGAAAAAAUACACUUUUGUACCUUUGAACAAGGUUUUUAGUUUAAUUUUUAGCAAGACUUGUCAGUGUGCAUUGUCUUGUAAAUAUAUUGAUGCAGGAGGAAGCAAUACAAAGUACUAUGGUGAAUACAGAAGUCAGUUAUUUUAAUAAUAGCAACAUUUUAAAACUGCUUUAUUCAAAAUAUAAGAAUUGUUUUAAACAAAACAUAAAUUUUACAUAGAGGUGUUUGGUUUGUUUAUUUUUAAACUAUAUUUGCUAGUGAAUCAAGAGCACAUAGUGGUAAUUCAUAGGAAACAAUGAGUCACCUUGACAUUAUCAGGUUUAAGUAUCUUGUGGAGAGAGUAUUCUUAUGGCUUAUGACCUUUUCAGUUUCAUUUAAUUCUAUCAUAUAUGACAUGAGUGGUGCAGAAAUGAUUUGCAUCAGUGGUUGUUAUAGUGACAUGGCAGGUAAGAUGGGAAAAACUAGCUUGUUUUUAAUCAGCUUUUAAAAUGCCCUGUCACAAAGACGUGUUUUUCUAUUGCAAUUAAUUGUAAAUAAAAUCAAACACUAGCACUGCCAAAUGCAUGACUUUGGAUUUAUGAAUAUUCAUAGAAUGUUAGUUGGAGGAAGCUUUGCAGGUGAGAAAUAAUCAUGCUAAUAACAAUUGACAAUAAUAAAAAGGAGCCCAGGGCAGUAAAGAACAAAGCUGCAAAACAAUACAAUUAAAAGUAAAAUAAAAACAUAAUCUAAAGCACCUGAAAACCUUUUUUUUAUAAAGCAGUCUUGUAUCCUCACAGCUAAUAAUUACAAGUUUGAUGUGGACAACAUCUUUCAGUUAUAAAAUGCUUGAGUGAACAGGAACAUUUUGAACUUUCUCUUGAAUGUUAAUAAUGAGGAAGAUAGGCACACAUCACCGAGGAGGGCAUUCUGCAACCGGAAGCUGCCAUUAGUUCUGUGCAAAGGGUGAUUAACUUAACAGUGCUGGGUUGAAAGGGACAUUAAAUGCUAAUUAACUUGUCAUUUCUGAUAUAUCAACACAAGUUACUCACUCCAUAGCUGCAGGAUGUUCGUAAGGGGUUUCUGACCAAACAUGACAUAGAGCCAGGCGACUAAGCUGUCACUAGCGGGGAAAGGGGGCAAUGUUUCCCAGGAAAUGCAAAUUUAGACUUAAUCCAGUUACUGGUGGAAGAUGUUUGCCAGAGGAUGUCCUCCGAGCCAAACAAGAGCAUAUGCUUGCAUUAGAUAUGGCAAAGGUUCUGAGGGCUAAUGAGGCUUGUGGUCUAUUAAAAUAAGCCAUUCCUUGCACAGGUACUGUACAGUUAUUUCCGUGGGAGAAGAUUUGGCUUAAACCACAGUUUUUUCUGAUUCCUUUGCCAUGGCACUGCACUCAUACCUCAGAGUAAAGCUAACAUAGUCACAUCAUUCCAGGGCAUGUGCAAAGUUCCAGCUGAGCCAAGCAUUUUGGUAAUGCUAGAUAACUGGUUCCAUUGAUUUUUAUUGUUAAUAAAGUUCUAAUUUCCAGCUGAAAUUAGACCUCAUGUUACAAUAUCUAUUUAAAAAUCACAGGAUUGUCAUUAUGCAAACUUUGGCCUUUGCAGUGGGAGACUUGGGUUCCAACAAUUAUAGCUACAUGAAAUUAAUUGGAUGGCUUUUGGUGAAUCAUACACUCUCAACCUAGCUUACCUAAGACCAGAGAUUCUCAAAAUUUCUAGCUCCAGGGUCGUCUUGAGAUGGCUGAAAGUAACUGAAGCCCACAAGUCACAGUAUGGUGGCAGAUGGAGGCAGAGUGUUGCAUAAACCCGAAAUUACUGAUAUCAUUUUCUAUACGCUUCUGUCUAACCCAUAUUUGAAAACUAUUAUAUCCUGUACCACAAUGUUUUUCUUAUGACAACGAGCACCACAGCCCAGCUCUCCUCAAGCUAAGUAAUGAAUAUUUGCUUUGGAGGUAUUGUGACCAGUGGUGGAGCUUCAGGCUCCAGCAUCAGGGAACGGAGAGCAGGCGGGGACGGGGCGCCCAGCGCGGGUGGGGGGGGGGCCCAGCCGUGAUGGCACCCUGCCAAUUUCCCCAUUUUUACCCUGAGUGCUUCUUACAUUUAGGCAUUUCCUGUAAAUCCUUCUCCCAUUCUCCUUUCAUACUUGUACCAUUCUGCUCCCCACCUUCAAAUUGCCGGUUUCUGGAAGUAAGCAUAGAUUAUGCUGUAUUGAACUUGUUUGUAGAUCUUGAAAUCACAACAACAAUUUGUGGUCAUGGGGAAGGGGACGUACGCAGGCCUGGGACUUGCUGUGGCUUGUUCACGUGAUGUCUGAAUGUGGCAACUAUCUACAAACUUAUUAACUUAUCUCUGCAGUCAUGUGGCUUAGAAAUUUGCUUCUUCUGUUGUUAAAUGAAAGUACAGAUACUUAGGAAACUGAAUUCUGUGGUCAUUCUGGAAUCCCACGAAGGUAGAGCCUACAUGUUGGUAACAGAAUUUAUGAUUUAAUCAGUGUACUUAUCCCUUCAAGGAAAAGAAGCUGGUACAGCCAAUUUAGAGCAGGUGAUAACUUGUGGUUGCAGGACUAUAGCAUUUCAGAGUUGCUGCCAAAUAUGAGGUUUUGAAGAAGCAGUGUGUAAAAGGGCCUCAUUGUCCAAAGGGGAAAAUACUUCUGCAGCUUUAAUAGAAGCAUACAAGGAAAGAUUGACAAUUAUUUUCAGAAUAAUUUACUAUAUAGCUGUGUGUUAUUCUGUGGGUUGCUAGAGUGACUAAAAUUACACCUGGAAACUAUAAUUGAAAAUGCCCAGGCUGGAAUAAUUACUUCACCAGUAUUAUAUAACUAAGAGCAGAUGUCAUUGUUAGUGGGAAAAUGGUGUGAAAGAGCAUUUACAUCUAAAAUUACCAGCAUUCACAUAUGAGCACUGAUAUAUUUAGGCUGUCUUUUGAUUUCUUUGGUCUUUCACUGUAUUGAGUUAAGCUAAUGAGGUAAAUGGGAAUCAUUUAAAGCUAGAGAAAGUAGCUUAUUUUAUUUUAGCAGAAGGUUUGGCUGAGAAUGGUCAAUAAUAUCGAAUGAUGCAACAUAUUUCAAUGAAAAUGUGAACAUCACAGACUCCUGUCUGUUCUUUGCAGUAAUAGAAAGCCGCUGCUGAGGACUGGGGGGCCCUUGGGAAUGGAUGUGAUUUGGCAGGAGGCUGCAGACGGGGAGUUGGGCAUUGGGAGAAAUAGCCAUUUGGAUCCAAGCCUGUAUCUUUCAGUACAAUUCCCAAUCCAUAGCUGUUCCUUAGAAAUUACAGGGUUGCUAUUGUGGAAUUAACCUGUAAAUAAACUAGAAAUGAAAACAUACAACAAUGUGUUGUUUUUGUUUUUGCUUCUGAUAAUUGUUUCAAAUUGUUAAAAGAAUGGAUACUGGUACUGGAAAUAUACCAUGUACAGUAUCAGGCAAGCAGAGACCUCCCUUUGCUAUUGGGGGUGCCUUGCCACUGUGCAGCCUGUAUCUCCUGGAACUUCUUGCAGCCUCAGCCUCACCUGUUCAGUUUAUAUUCUUGGGUGCUUUGUCAUAUGCACCUGCUAUUAAUUAAUUAAUUUCAAAAGAUUUAUAUAUUGCUUGAUUGUAAUAAAACCUCAAAGUGGUUAUGUAACUCAGGUCAUUGAAUCUUGACUAUGGGAAAACAGUUUUCUUUCGUACUCCCAAGGUAUGUUCAACUAACACAAAACCAUGAGUAACACAAUGCAAAUUUUAAAUCAUUAGCGUUUAGCAUCUAGCUGUUUAGCAGCUGGAGAAUCUAACCUACAUUGCUUUGCAUUUAUUCAGUGGAGCAAGUCCCUGUGGAGCCAUACUACAUUCCACUCUCUCAAGCAGAAGUCCUUCAGAAUGGAAGUGAUGUUACACUGGUGGCCUGGGGUACGCAGGCAAGUAAGACUCUGAUGGAUUUUUAAAGAGAAAUUGUCUCCUGAAAAAAUGUUCUUUGAAAUGCCCUCCAGAUGAAGUGGACUACAACUCCCAUGAUCCCUGGCCAUUGGCUAUGCAGACUAGGGAUCACAGUAAUCUAGUACAUGUCAUCCAGACUUAAUGGCACAUUCCUAACUCCCACCCCUUGCCAGUGGGGCUUGGUGAAGCCCCUGCCACAUCCGCAGCCCUGCUGCUCAUUUGAGGGACAGCAGAAAUUGGGAGUAGGGAGAAGGAAGACAGGAUGAUUGGGCCCAGUGCUGUUGUGUGAUGGCUGUGAGACCAGCCUUGAAUGCCCUGUUUUAGGCCUUUUCGUUGGCUCCUGUCCAUGUGUUCAGUGACUGGUAGGUUGAGCCAGGAGAGCUGGGUAGUGCAAUGCCUCCACCUAAUCCAACUCCUCCCUUUUCCCAGCAUAAGGUGGGUUUGGAUUACUCUGUGUGGAGGUUCCAAUGGAAGCAGUGCGAAAAGUUCAUCAUGACUUAAGUCCCAUUUAUUUCAGUGGGAUCUUAGGGCAGCUAACUAUGGCUCCAAUCCACAGUCUUUAUCUAACAAGUGAAACUUAAAUACUUCAGUGCAUUGUGGAAACCUUUAAAUUAAACACAUAUAGCAUCAAUUCUGUUUUUAUUUUUGAAAAAAUAUAUAUUUCUGAUUGAGGCUGUCGUGCUAAGAUAAGUGCAGUAUGCAUGUUGUGAAAUAUUCAAAAGCACUCUCUAAGUGUUGCUGAAAUGAAAUUUCAGUAGCCUGCAUAUCUAAUAUACUAUUGCAUGUUUUCACCCAAUAUUUAGGUUCAUGUUAUUAAAGAGGUAGCAGUUAUGGCUCAAGAAAAGCUUGGUGUGUCCUGUGAAGUAAUUGAUCUGAAGACUAUUCUGCCUUGGGAUGCAGAGACUAUAUGCAAGGUAGGUACAUAUGGCACAUUAGCGCAUUCAAGCAUUUCAGUUAUUUUCUCAUAUCAUAGGUCUUUGUGGAAUGACCACCACUAGAGGCCUCUAUUAGUUCAAGUUAAAACUGAGUUUUGGCGCUGUUUUACUGACUACUAUACUGUGAAGACAGAAUUUCAGCUUGUUCCAAAAUAAUUUUGAAAGUCUAAUCUAUACUGUUCAGUCAUAUGAGAUUGUGUAAAAUAUUGUGGUACGUUAGCUUCUUAGGUAGAGAUGGGUAGUCAGAAGGCUACCUGGAAAACAUGAUGGUUAUAAUCAGGGGAGUGGUACCUGUAUUCACAGUACUGACUUGAAGAGAAACCUGUAAUCUAUUUUCUGAAAUAUAUUAUGUGUAUUUUUUUCUUUAUAAUUUUAAAAAGAGUUUUUUUCUUCUUUAGAACUUUUAGAAUAACUGGCUAAUAAUGGGGCGUGUUGGGGGAGGGGUACUGCCUCUGGUGGGGGACAUGUUAUGCUCCUUCUGGGGUAGUUUGUCCACUUUUGGUCCCCACCCUGCACUUGUGCUUCCUAGAAGUGGCAGCAUGCGACAGUGUGCACACCCUGGGGAAAAACUUUGAUUGGCCUGCUAGACCAGGUAAAGGUAGGUGAUGGGCUUAGUUUUAAAAUGCAUCCUUAUCUUGUCAUUCAUUUUUUCUGAAUCUCUGAACAUUUGGAGAAUGAGUGUGACCUUGUCAAAUGUGGGACACCCUCUCCCUCAUUCCUGUGAUGAGUAAAGUUUCAUUUAUUGAUUAUAUUUUACUUUAAAAUGUGUGUGUUGCCUCUCCAAAUGCUUGAGAUCGCAUAAAAAGAAAAUAUUUAAUAAAUUUUUUUUCAAGAUACAACAACGAAAUGCAGUAUCGGGAGCUUUGGGUUGGUGCAGCAUAGAAGCAUAGAAGGAUAGCUUUGUCUCUUUUUUUAAAAAAAUAAUAUUUAUUAUUUUUCCAAAAACUUAAACACUAAAAAGACAAUACAAUACAAUACAAUACAUUAAACUAACAAAACAAAACAAAAACAAUAAAAUAAAUCAAACAAUUUCAUUAUCCCAUCUUUCAUUCACUUAUUUCCACGACCUCCUCACACCUCCCUUUUCGUAUUCCACUUCUGUUUAUUAUUUCAGCAAUUCCUUUCCAUCUUCCUCUGUUUUCUAUCCUAUAAUUAUCUUAACUCAUUCUAACCUUAUUUUUUCCUUUAAUGCUCUAUUAAUCUAUCUGUACUUAAUUCCUUAUAACAUUUCUACUAAAGCCAUAUAACUUCAUUCCAACAUUUCUCUAACAUUCAUUAAUUUUACAGUAUUUCUGUAAAUAGUCUUUAAAUUCUUUCCAAUCUUCUUCCACCGACUCUUCUCCCUGGUCUCGGAUUCUGCCAGUCAUUUCCGCCAGUUCCAUAUAGUCCAUCAACUUCAUCUGCCAUUCUUCCCGGGUGGGUAAAUCUUGUGUCUUCCAAUAUUUUGCGAUGAGUAUCCUUGCUGCUGUUGUUGCAUACAUAAAGAAAGUUCUAUCCUUCUUUAACACCAAUUGGCCGACCAUGCCCAGGAGAAAAGCCUCUGGUUUCUUCAAAAAGGUAUAUUUAAAUACCUUUUUCAUUUCGUUAUAAAUCAUCUCCCAGAAUGUCUUAAUCCUUGGGCAUGUCCACCAAAGGUGAAAGAAUGUGUCUUCAGUCUCGUUACAUUUCCAACAUUUAUUUUCGGGCAAAUGGUAAAUUUUUGCAAGCUUGACUGGUGUCAUGUACCACCUAUAAAUCAUUUUCAUUAAGUUUUCUCUUAGGGCAUUACAUGCCGUAAAUUUCAUACCUGUGGUCCAUAACUGUUCCCAGUCAGCCAUCAAUAUGUUAUGUCCAACAACUUGUGCCCAUUUAAUCAUAACUGAUUUCACCGUUUCAUCCUGAGUGUUCCAUUUCAACAGCAAGUUAUACAUUUUUGACAAAUUCUUAAUUUUUGAAUCUAACAAUUCUGUUUCCAAUUUUGAUUUUUCCACCUGGAAACCAACUUUUUUGUCCAAAUUGUAUGCCUCCAUUAUUUGAUAAUAAUGGAGCCAAUCUCGCACUUUAUUUUUCAAUUUUUCAAAGCUCUGCAAUUUUAUUCUGUCUCCAUCUUGAUCCAGAAUUUCCCAAUAUUUCGGCCAUUUGGUCUCCAUAUUGAGCUUUUUCUGUUCCUUCGCUUCCAGAAGGAUAGCUUUGUCUCCUUCACUUCCAGCUUUUCUGUCUUGUUUGGCCAAGUACAGGACUGUUUAUUUCUGCUACUAAUUGCCGGACCCUUCUCCAGCUGCUGCUAUGCACUUCUGAAGAGUAAUUAAACAUGUGUUUUUUCUUUUUAAAAUACUUUUGUACUGCACACAUAUUACACAUUUCUCAAGUGAGGAAUGUUGACAACAGCAGCUGCAUGUGCCCUAGUUGUCAGUAAAUAAUUAAAUUCUCAUCAUUAAUUUUGCUAAUUCAGAUAGUUUUUCAUGCAUUUUUUUUUUUUGUUAUUUUCCCCAUUUAAAGCUUCCUCUUUCCACAUUGGUAGAUUCCUCUUUUUGUAAAUGUUCUUGUAACAAGUAAAAUCAGGACCACCUGCUUUAAUGGCACCACAAUUAAACUCAAGAUUCCUAAUGACAUUUUGGGAAAUUUGAAGCUGCAUGAUAUCCUGCAGCAACAUACAAGAAGGACUACAAAGCAAUGAAAAUGGAGCACAAAGAAUGCAAUUUUAAAAUAAAAUGUCAGCCGUUGCUAAUCAGGUUCUCUUCAGAUAUUUUGGGCCAUAACUCCAAUGUUAACUGCAAGAUUGCACCAGAUUUAAUUACUUGAAAAGACUGUCCACCAUGCCUCGCAAGAGCUUGACAGCCCUGUGCUGUGCGGAAUUGGAGAACAGUCAGUGGUGGAAAUCUAACACGCAACGUUAUUUGAACUCUUAUUAUUUCCAUAAACUAGAGGAGAUUAUAUCCACAGACAAACGCCAAUUAAGGGAUUGGUGCCAAGUGAUCAAAUCCUCUAAAUCAGGCAUUUCCAACUCAGAAGAGAUUGUGACCUGCUCCCAGUAUAAAAAAAACUGGCAGUGAUCUACCCAUUGUGAUUGGAGGGAGGAGGAGCGUGGGUGGGGUGGGUGGAUUGCCCAGAGUUGUUGAGCUUUUUGGGGGAAGGAAUGCACGGAGUAUUUUAGCUUCCCCCCAUAAUUUUGUACACAAUAACAAUCCCGUGAUCUACCAGGAUCAGCAAGGGAUUAGACAUCCCUGCUCUAAAUGCUCUCCUUGGUUCCUCCUAAAAACAGUCCAUUUUAGAGCCAGUUACCUGUCAAAUCUCUGGCCAGCCUCGCUUAGAUUCACUUUUACUGAGCUAUGUUUUCAAGCUAUACACUCCGCUGUCCUAAACGGACAAUAUAACAGGGAACUAUUCGAAGACAGACUCUGUAUAUGUGGGCAACCGCAGAUGGAAGACGUCUUGCAAUAUUUUCUAUAUUGCCCACUAUACAUUGGACUGAGGAGGCAAUUUAUCACCUUACCAUCCGUACAGGAAAAAUGUCUCUUCCCAGCAGAGAAGAUCCUAUGACUUCUUAGCGAUGUAAACACUUCAGUGACUCAUAAAAUUUGCUUUGGCGGCCAAAAAGAUCACAAUGAAGACCCUGGACAAUAUAGCAGUGAACUGUAAGGGAGAUGCAAAUAUCUAAAUAGAGACAUUUAUUUGUGGUGCGACACCUCUUUUGCUUGUAUUUAUUUUUGAUUCAGAUUUGUCCUGGCCAAUGGCUAGUACAAUAAAGUUAUUUGGAUUGGAUUGGACUACAACUCCCAUCAAUCUAGGUAACAUAGCCAAUGAUUGGGGGUGAUGGAAGGCUGAUAUAUGUGAUAGGAAGUGCCAGAAAGCAGUAGAUUUCUGCCAUGUGUGCACAGCAGAAUUAAUGUGUAUGUCUCACAUUAGAUAUCAUGCUGCAAUCUAUACCAAGUUUCCAGGCAGUAAGCCCCACUGAAUUAAUAGGAUUGAACUGUUAAUGCAGGGCAUAUUGUCUUGAUGAAUGCCCCUCAUAGAGCCAAGCAAUUCUCUAGAAAUCACUUGGGUUUGAAUGUAAGACUGUUAAGGGUUAUCUUUUUGUAUUCAGCAUCUAAAGAAUUUUGGCUUGCAUUUAAACUAAUGAUAUCAUGUCAGUGCUUUGUAUUUGGAGACAGUCCUUUCAGUUUAUGUAUAGCUGUGCCAUACAUCCCCUCCUCCCUAACUAAUUCUUGAUACAGGGUAGAUUUAUCUUGUAGCUUCCUCUGUAGCUUUUAGCAAAUGGAAAGGAAUCCAGGAACCUUUGGUUUUCCUGACUGUCUUUUUGUCUAAUGACAGUAAAAGCCAAUGUUUGCCAUUGAAACGGUCUCCCUUGGGAGGUUGUGGACUCUCCUUCAUUGGAGGUUUUUAAGCAGAGGUUGGAUGGCCAUCUGUCAUGGAUGCUUUCGUUGAGAUUCCUGCAUCACAGGGGGCUGCGCAAAAUGAACAUCAGGGUCCCUUCCAACUCGACAAUUCUAUCAUUCUAUCACUGAGCUGGAACACAGCAUGCAGUUAAUAAGAUACAGCUUUUAUGGUAGUUUGAUAAACCCAGCAAAAUCUGUGGAGUUUCUGUGAAAACCUUUGUGGCUUUCUGAGGAAAUCCCAGCCCUAUACCUGCUGCUAUCAUGUUCCUUAAUCACGAACGAAUAAGGCAACAAGAAUGUCAGUUCUUGGCUGCAAAGAGAUCAUUUGCUUCUGAACUAGUAAAAUGUUGGACACUCGUAACUGUGAUAACUGCAGUCUUUUAAAAAAGUAAUUUGGAACUUUUAACUUGUUCAUUGAUUUACUGGUGUUAAUAGAAAAUUAAGACUGAUCCAUUGCAUGGAUGAAUCUGCAGGGUUUUUCACUCUGUAUUGCAUUAAAUUCUUGUAGCAAUUACUGUUGUUACAUUUCUUAUAGAAUUUUAACUGUUGCUGGAUAAACUUUGGAUAUUUUAGAGCAACAAUUUAGCUUUUAGGAAUAUUUCUGCAAGUAUGCUUAUUAAAACAUGAAAUUGCAUGUUCUAUUUAUACUAUGCAUCUGAAAGAUCAUUGUUUUAAAUUAUUUUAUCUUUGCAGUCGGUGGCAAAGACUGGACGGUUGCUGAUUAGCCAUGAAGCCCCUAUUACAGGAGGUUUUGCAUCAGAAAUUAGUUCAACGGUUCAGGUAAUCUGUUUUUAAGUACCAGAAGAUUAUUUUCUAGAAGGAUAUUUAUAGUGUUGAGAAUGACAUACUCAAAAAUAUAAUUAAGAUGUUACAGUUCUCUUGUGCAUGUUAAUUUUCCAUCGUUUUGGGAGUUGAGUGCUGCCUUGUGGUUGAAGGGAGAAUUGUUGUACAAACAGGGAAAUCUCAGUGUUCCAAGCCAUCAGUCUCAUUGUGGUUGCAUCUCAGUACUAUGCUUCUUUGUUGGCUUUCAGGCUUGUGUUUUCUGCUUUACUUCAUUUGUGUCUACUGUAGUGCCCAUGUAUCUCCUUGAGUCCUCUAGUUUUCCUUUGUCUUUAUCAAAGACAAAUUUUUAUGGAAUUUUGCUUGAGGAUUAAUUUUGUAGUGGUUGUAGCGAAACAGUAACAUAGGUACACUUACAACUAAGUGGUGACAAGUAAAUCUCUAGAACUGUCAUGUAUAGUACAGCUAAACAUUUGGAAGAAAUGGGCACUGAUGUGUGAAAAUGGGGUUCUCUUGAGUCUUGACUUGUUAUGGGUAUACAGGGAAGUUUAGAAGUUUCAGAAAGCAGAAGAAAGACUGUGCCACACACUGUGUUUUUCACAGCUGAUUUUAUUUUACAGUGGUGAUUAUGUUGUUACUUAAGUUUAUCCUUUUCAAAACUCAAGAUAAAACUUGCCUAUCCUGAAAAAUUCUGAUUUUGUUCAUAUUUGAAAAUAGAGUAUAUUAUUUAAACAGAGCAAUUUAUGACGGCUUGUUUUGAAAAUAUUGGUUUCAUUAUUCUUUUCAUAUAAACUGGAAACCCAUUGUUUACAUAGCCAUUUUCAUUUGGUACAGAGUUUAAUGCCCUUGAAUUUCUACUCUCUAUUACUUUAUUCAUCCCCCCCCUUUCAGUAAUUUUUAUAUAUGCAUUUUAUUAAAAAAUGACAACUGCAAAAGUGGGCAAAAGCUUUAUAAUUGGAUAUAAAAGCCUUUCUCCCCCUUCCUUUGUUGUCAUUGUCAUUUUUCAUAAAUUCCAUAUGUAAAAUCAGAUUUUCUGUCAUGUGAUUUAUGAAAUAUAUUGUAGGAGAACGUUAGUUUAGGCACACAAAAUAUUCAGCUUUAUUAUUAAUUUCUAACACAUAUUCACUUCACAGUGAAUGUAUUUUUUAAAGUGUUUGACACAUCUGUAUCAUGAAAAGAAAGCAAAAAUCCAACCCCCCCCCCCAAUCAAUAUUUUGCUGGAUGAAAUGCAUAGUAGGAAUGCCAAAAAUCUCAGGAUUGGAGUUGGCUUUUACUUUUGCACAUGGAAGUAAUAAAACUUAAAUAAAGGGAGUCCAAUUGCAGUAGAAAAAUUCUAUUUUCAUAUCAUUCAUCCUAACUGUGUGGCUAGAAGAAACUGAGUAACAAUAUGCAGGUUACCAUAAGAGUAUUAGCAUGCAUCACUUGGGGGGCACUUCUGGAUCUGUUACUGUCGCUUGAGGCUCAAGUGUUCUUGAUUCCACAGACUUCCUUCUAUAAUUUGCACCCCUGUCUGGACAGGAACAGCCUAACUUCUGUUGUCUACACUCUGGCAACUCUAGGCUAAAUUACUGCAAUGAAUUAACACAUGUGGCUGGGUGCCUUUGAAGACUGUUCAGAAACUACAGCUGGUCCUGAAUUCAGCGGCCAGAUUGUUGACUGGUGCAAGGUGGUCUGACAAUAUAAACCCAAUUCUGGCAUAACUGCACUGGCCACCAGUUGGUUUUCAGUCUUAAUUCAAAGUGCUGGUUUUGACCUCUGCUGUUCAGGAUCCUAAUAACUCAAGACUGUCUCUCCCCACAUGAACCAACCCAAAACUUGCGCUCAUCAUCCAAGGCCCUUCAUCCUGUGCCUCCUGUGAGGGAGGUUCAGAGGAUGUCAGCAUACCUUUACAGUGGUGGCUCCCUGCUUCUGAAACUCUUUCUCAAGGGAGGCAAUCCUGGCAUCAUCAUUUCUUACUUUUAGGCACCAGACCUUUGUUUUUUAAUUUAUCUGAUUUAUCUAAUUUAUCUCGCCUCCCUCAGUAGGCGAGAUACUUUAGUUCUGCCUUUUAAUUUUUCCUCUGUUUUUAAUAUAUGUAAGUUAAAUAAUAAUCAUUACUAUUAAUAAUUUUGCAUCUUAUGUCAGUGUGCACACACAACAGCAUGGUGUCAGCAUGGAUCUUAAAUAAAAGAGAGAGUCACAUUGCAAUCCCGGGCAUGUUAACUUUAAGUCAUGCUGAUUUCAGCAGAGCUUGCUCCUAGAAAAGUAGGUAUAGAUUGAAGCCUGAGUUAUCAAACUUAUCUUUUGCAUUGAUGUAAUCCUGAAGGAAGAUUUAAAAUAUUUUAAUGCAUAUCCUAGCGUUUAAUGAAGAUGGUGUAUGGAUUGCCUGCUAGUGGUGACUUAUUCCUGGAACUAUAAAUGUAGUUUUAUUUAAAUAGACUUUGUUCUGUUAAAAUGAAAAUGGAACAGAGAUGAAUUACCUGCCACACUGAUGCUCAUCUUUAAUUUUGAGAGCCAUAAGUUCUGUGUAUAGUGAAUUGAGCUCCAGGAAUUUCCAGCAGGGACCAAUAGUAUGAUUUGUGAAAAACUAUUGAGCCUACCUUUUACUUUUCUUGCCCACCAGAGUCAAUUCAUGUGGGUAUUGCCUGGAAAGUGUGGCUUUUAGAUAAUGAGCCUUCUGUCACUACACAGGUUGCAACAAAAGUAGAAAUAAACAUUUUUUAAAAGUUUGCUUUCCCAAUCCAAAGCUUUAUCUAAGUGGAUGCAGGGAAACAAUUUGUUUGCACAAUUAUCUGGUAUGUUGCAUCACAGAAACAUCCGUAAACUGUUAGAGCUUCAAAUGCAAAAGCUAAGAGCUAAUCCACAUUGUGUCUUUUUUGUCUAUGUGAACAGCCCUAGUCUUUCCUUUUAUACACUCACAUGGUGAAAAAUAAUGUCUGAACUAGUGGAAUGCAAUUAGUAAUGAGACAUACUUUCUGCUUUCCUGGUUAUCUUUCCUGGUGUAUUGGCAGUAAGACUUCAUGUAGCACAAAGUUUACUUGGGGUGGAAGGAUGUUGCCUGGGCAUAAUAUUUUAUAUCAAGACUUUGCUGAUCAUGAUGUUGCUUUUAACAAAUUAUGAAAGCGUUUGAUAACCUCUCACCCUAAAAGUGUUUCUAAAAGAGUGGCUGUUGGUGGUAUCUACCUGUCACAGAGUUGGACAUCUGUUUUAUGCUAGCAUGAUAAGGAGAUAGUUAUUGCUAAUCAUCAGAGGUUCCCAGCUCCUUUUAUUUAGUAUUAUUUAUAUAGAGCAUUUGUACCACAUUCUUCAACCAAAAAGGCUCCCAGAGCGGCUUACAUGAAAUCAGAACAAGACCCUCCCUAGCUGCAGGCUUAGAUUGAAACAAACAAAUAAAUAACAUACAGAGGAAAAGGGACAAGGAGGGAAGAUGAAAAUAAAACUCAAAACCCAGGCACCAAAUUAUAGACAGCUGCUCGUAUAUUGACCAGCUUCUUGCAUACUGUAGAGUUGCCAUAUUUCAAAAAAAGUUGUUGAGCUUUUUGUUUAGACCCCAAAAUUGUUGGGCUUUUUGGUGGAAACCUUUCCCUAAAAUAGUCAUUUUAAGCUUUUUGACCUGUUUCUGCUGCUUUUUCCAGUGCAUUGCCAUACACCCAGGUUUUCCCUGUCAUUUUGUCAAUUUGGCAAAAUUUCAUCAGAUUCCAUUUUUACACCUAAAGGCCAGGACAUGCUAGGAAUUUUCCUGGCGUAUGCCAAGCCUAGCAUACUUCAGAGGCUGGAGGUGCCUGAUGAAAUGACUGCCUCUAGAUGAGACAUGAGAGAAAAGAGGCCCGAUGGAGCUGGCCUGCCACAGCAGAGUCAAUGGAUUGAGCUCUGCUACUCAGCAGACCUGGAGCCACUUGAAACACAUUAAAUUUCCUAAAAUCUCAUUCUGUAAAACAGGGCCAGAUACUCGGGAUUUGCCAUACAGCUAAUUUUCUGUUUUGCUCUUUAAUCUUCUGCAGUUCAGCUGGCAAUAAUCACAACUUCUAAAAGAUUGUCGCAGUUCCAUAGAUCACAGUAUAAGAUAGUGUCCUUGGGUUGUUGGACAAAAUUAAUGAACUGUAAAGCAAUAAAAGAAGCCUGCGGAAUGGAAUAGAAGCCAAAUGGAAAAGAAAAGGAAGAAAGGUGAAAAGGGUGGCCUGGGGGAUGAUGAUAAGCAAGAAGAAUUGAGCUAUAUAAAAAGAAAGCAUUGAUAACAUGGGCUCUGAUUCAGAUGACUACAAAAAGGCGUUUCGUUAAGAAAAGCAUUUUGUUAAAAUUCCCUUGUGUCGAACUACAGUUAGCGUGGCAAGAUGCAUCUAUUUAAAAAAAAUAAAAUUCUGACAGCUACCUUUCCUGAGAUUUACUUUCUAUGUUUUGAUUAUGCAUGGAGUAAGACAGUCUUUGUGGGGCCACAUGAGGGUUUUUGUGUGUCAUGUUAGCAUAAAGUCUGCAUAAUGAUGUGAACCACCCACCCACCUCUCUUCUACCAUUAGUAUUGGGAUACAGAUUGUUAUUGGCUAUUGAAUAGAUCAAUAGAGUGUAACUUGUGAAAUGUGGGCCAUUUUUACUGAAAAUUUAUUUCCAUUUUGGGAUGUUCAGUUUGCCGUAGAUAUUUAUCUGCUUGAGGCAAAAUGAUUGUCAUAGUAGUACAUUUAUAUUUACUGACUGUGAUUUAUAACUCAAUAUAUGCCUGCCAAAGCAGAACUGGAAUAAAUAUGGAACUUUUGUUUUAAUGAGUUUCUUUCCUUUAGUGGGUUUAGCACAUGCCUCUGUUCAACUGUUAAUGUUCACUCUCCUAAAAUGUGUUUUGGGUUAUACUUGUUAUUUAGUAUAUAGUUGCAGCUGCAAAAAUAUAUUUGUAAUUCAAACCAAUAUGGUUGGAAAUACAGACCUAAACUUAAAUUUAACCUAGAUAAAUUAUAACAUGCUUGCUUGAAAUACCAUUAAUUCAAAGCAUAAUGGGAAAAGGACCAGGAUAACUCUUAAAUAAUGAGGGAUUCUCAUGCACAAAGUGAACCUUUGGAAAGUUUUUGUAGAAUUUUUCUGAAACUUAGAAAGAUUUUUUCAAUAUUAUAUUUUGUUAGAAUUUAACCAAUAAAAGGAACUUCAUUGAAAAAGCAUAUCAGACUAUGCAACUUAUGUUUUAUGAACUGGUGUAGUUUCCUUUUUUGUUCCAAAGAUACAUUAAAGUUUGGAUGCAUCAGCAUUUUCAACAAGUUUAUAAACUGAAUGAUAAUUUGGUAUCAGAGAGACAUAUGGAUUCUUUAGUAUACAUUCACAUCCUAUUUAGUUAGAAAAGAUUUUAUAAAGUACAGUGCAUUGCAUCAAUAAUCUGUAGUUCAGUUCUAGUGUUCUUUUUAAUCACUUACUUGGCUUCUGACUGGUUACAUGUAUGACUUUUAUUUAAUACAGAUUGAAUGUGACAGGACAUAGCUGUGAAAAUGUUCAAUAAAAUGCCUAAAGUCUUGCACAUUCUACAUGUCCCAGUUCCAAAAAUUAAGGCUUGAAAGCAUUUUAUUUUGUUUGGCAUUGUAAAUAAAAACCCACAUAAAUGGCUUUAAAUAUGAAAUUGUAGGAGUUACUGUUAAAUCUGCCAGUUUUAAAAGGUACCAUCUCAUACUAUAUACUCAUCCUAUAAAGAAAAACGAGAGCUCUCAGUUUACAAUAUGCCAGUUGUUUUGUAGAGAAUCCAUUCAUAGAUAGCUUCUGAGUAGGGCAUUCUUAUCUACACAUAAAUGCUGCAUAGUAAUGCUAUAUGGACUUCUUUCCCAGUUUUGGCAAAUUCAUUGAUGACAGAUUCUACCAAAACAGCAAAUGCUGUUCAUUGUUCCUCUCAAAGAGUUCCUUUAGAGGGCAAAAAGAUCCAAAAAAUACUAUAUUUAAGUGUAUACCUUCCGGACAUUAAACAUAUAUGUAGAAAUAGACUGCAGUCUUUUUUUGUGAGGUUGAAAAUAAAUCACUGCAUUUAUCUUACCAGAAUAAAAGUUGAUGGAGGAUUAAUUUUAGAAAGGGUUGGCUUACAGGAAAGUCUUUAUUCCAAAGUAGUUGCCAAAUUUUAAUGUUUCAAACACACACUUGCACAAUAUGAAAGUAGUUAAUGCUUUUAUUAAUUUUUAUAACUAUGUAAGGGCAUCCUAGAGUGUGGAAGUGUUACUUGGUAUAAUUUCAGUAAUUUGCAGUUCACAGAAAAGAUGCAUUUCAUUGACAAAGAUUUAUUUCAUUUGCUCACAAGGGGGAAUGACCAAAUGUGAAUAAUGAUCUUUCUCUUCAAUUAAUCACCUAGAGCAUCAAUCCACACACACACACACACACACACACACUUUGUAAGUACCUGGAAACAUAGACUGUACCACAUGCAAAACAUAACACUGAAUUAUUAGGAAGCUUUAGUUAACUCUGAAGACAUUAAUAGGAGCUAUUCCAUUUUUUUAAAAGUGAUACUAUGUAAUAACACAUUAUAGCAGGGUUAGCCUAUAUGGCACUCUAGAGUUGUUGCUAGACUGCAGCUCCCAUAGUCCCUGACCAUUGAUCAUAUUGCCUCAGGCUUAUAGGAGUUGUAGUCCAACAACAGCUGAAGACCACAUUGACUACCCCUGCAUUACAACAAUAGUAGCACCAUCAACCAAUGGUCUGGUUUGCAUGUCACUAACCAUAGUUAAGCUUAAUGUUUAAGUUUAACAGUGAAUAUGCGGCAUGCGUAAGGUGAUAAUCACAGUUGCAUUGUUUCUCCCAUACUGGGCAGUUUGGGACCUAGGCUUAGUGUUAUAUCCAAACCUAGGCUCAUGAUUUGUUGGGUGGUAAGCAAAGACGCGGGUGGUGCUGUGGGUAAAACCUCAGCGCCUAGGACUUGCCGAUCGUCAGGUCGGCGGUUCGAAUCCCCGCGGCAGGGUGCGCUCGUUGCUCGGUCCCAGCGCCUGCCAACCUAGCAGUUUGAAAGCACCCCCGGGUGCAAGUAGAUAAAUAGGGACCGCUUACUAGCGGGAAGGUAAACGGUGUUUCCGUGUGCUGCGCUGGCUCGCCAUGACCUGGAAGUGUCUCCGGACAGCGCUGGCCCCCGGCCUCUUAAGUGAGAUGGACGCACAACCCUAGAGUCGGACACAACUGGCCCGUACGGGCAGGGGUACCUUUACCUUUACCUUUAAGCAAAGACCAAACCUUACAGCUAUAGCUCAUGAUUUAUUUGGGGAAAACAAGCCAUGAAGCCAGACUGGCUUAGCAUUAAGUUCAAAUCUAUGACAGUGUGGCAGCUUCAGGAAUCGGGGACGAAUGAAGUGGCCACAACUAUCGCUCUGUUCUCCAUUCACUUUGUGUUCACCAUUAAACCAAAGUUAAUCUUAACCAUGGUUUAAAGUGACACACAAGCACUGCCGGUAACACAGAUUUAAACUUGGCUGUUUUUGGCAAGUUCACCUCAGUGGAUUCCAUGAGCUGGUUUAAUAUUAUCGAAUAUUCUCAGAGAGACGAGGCAUCCUCAUCCAGUGUGGACAAGCAAUACAAGUUCUUUGAGGUCAGAGGUCGAGUGACUGAAGCAGUAGCCUGGUUUGCACCACUAGCUUAGUGCGAACGAGGAAACAUACAGCUUUCCAGAAAGGAAGUCGCAGCUACUUUGCUCUUCCUCUGGUCAUUCUGCUGUGCUGAGCUAAACUAUGGUUUGGCUUAGUGUGCCAUCUAAACUAGGGCUGUGGUUUAACUCCUAACAAGCCAUGAGUUGUAACCACAAGCUGGCAAGGGGAGACAUCGUGAUCAUAAACACUUAUUUGAGAGUUUGCAUGUUUGCUUGUUUGUACUAAGCCAGGGGUUGGCUUAGCGUGGGUUGGCUUAGCGUGGUGUGUGAACCAGGUCAAUGCUUUGUUCAAGUGUUCUGAUAAAGUGUUUCUGAGAUGCUUCUGUCAAUAUCAAAUAGCAAAUAUGUCUCCAUCAUUAGGCUGCAGUUUUGUUUUUAGAAACCAUGUCCUUACCUCCUCAUACAACUUGGUCAACAACCACAGUGAUAAGUGAAUUGUAAAAUAAUCAUAUCUGCUGCUGGUAAUACUUGCUACCAAAUGGUUUAUUUACUUUAUAUAGCAAUGCAUAAUUCUGUGAGUAGUUUUAUGGGUACUUAAACUAAUUACAGCUUUUGAUUAGCUUUUUGUACUUGAAGAGGAGAAAGUUUGAGCAGCAAUGGUAAUUUCAGUGGUAAUAAAAUUAGCAUUGAUUAAGGUUUGACAGGCUGCAUUUGUCCAGGUGCUAUACACUUGGAAUUCCUGGCAAAUGAAUGCAGAGAGGCUAGUUUAUCAUGGGAAAAGAAAAGUAUUUCAGACUUCUGUUUUCAAGUACAAACAAUUCUAAACUUAUUUAGAAUGCAGCGAGGAAAUUGAAGAUAAAUCUGGACCUGUAUACUUCAGUUUGUACACCUGAAAUGAUACAGUGCUGUGAUGUUGGUCUAAAACAGCACAAGAUAAAUUUCUCAGCUACGGUAUUAUUUCCUAGGACAUUAUAGCAGAUAAAAGAGUUUUUUCAUAGACUGAAGAAAAUUAUGAUAAAUGUUCUUAAAUCUAAUUUAUGUGAGCUAGGUCUAUUGAAAAAGGAAAAUGGUGGAAUGUGCAGUUUUUACAAAGGUGUGUAUAUGAUAGAAGGUGAGAGACCACAUACAAAGUGUUUAAAAAUGCACAAAUAACUUCUUAACACAUUAUAAACAUGCAGUUAUCAUGCAUCUGAAAAUGUUUUUUAUAGAGUUGGGGAACCUCUAGAUCUGCAUGAGAGGUGGUGAGAGGGGCUGCAAUGGGGAGGGGGAAUUGAACUCUGCAUCCUUCUACUGUGGAAAUAUCCACUUGAUAUGAGUUUUGUUGUACAACAGGUCUGUGUCAAACUCAUUGGAUUUAUUAGACUCGGGAAUGAUAUUCCUGCUGACUUUAUCUGAAUUGUUAGUUUGCUGUACGCUAAGGGAUUGUGGGAUAACAUACUUUCAAUGAAUGUGUGGGGAAAUUAAAUUAAUGAUCAGAAUAAAAUAAAAAAUAUUGAAAGCUUACGUUCCAGCUUUGCUCUAGGUGUCAGAAAUCAGUUCAGAUUAAGAACAAGUUUCUCCAUUACUACUUAAAUAAAUUCCCCCGUUUUGAUAAAGGGGGAAUCACUAAGAAAAACCUCUGUAGAUUCAUAGAACUGCAGAGCUGGAAGGGAUCCCAACAAUAAUCUAUUCCAACCUGCUGCGUUGCAGGAUUCUAAGCCAAAUUCAUACACGAGAGAUUUCCAUGUAGCAUGAUUCCCACAUAUAGAUAGCAAACUCAAUAUGAUAUAUUUUGAUUAGCCUGGUGCUUCAGGAAGCUUGUUGAUGUACUUAUCAUCAAGCAAAUUUGUCACCAAUAGGCACCUUAAUUAAUUAACUAUUCCCUGUUGCUUUUUGUUUGUAUACACAUCUUUCUCUUAGGAAUUGAAUGUCUCCUAAAUAAUUGCAUAUUUAGAUACACUUAUGAGAUUAAAAAUGUGCUGUGUGUUGAACUGAACUGGCUGAGACAAACAACACCAGUUUUGCUUGUGUGCAUGCAUAUACUAAGCAUUUAGAUACUCUAUGUCAUGUUACACUUUCGGAGUAUAAAACCUAUAGCCUGUGUUAAGGACAAAGUAGCAAUAUUUAGGUUAACUUGCAGUGAGCUAAAGGAAAUAUUUAAUGAAAAUAUUUAUCGUGUCAGAAUCUACAUUACAGGGACCGAGAUUAAACUACUUUUUGUGAGAAUAGUAGAUUAAAGUAAAUAUUAUGUACAAUAAGAGUAAAACUGCUUAAUUUGUUCUUUUACAAAUAAAGGCCCCUGACCUUCUAGCAUAGUUUAUUUCAAGCUUUUAACAAGGUUUAUUUAAGACACAUGUGCAACGAUUCUUACAUAGCUAGGGUUUUAACAUGAAUAGUUUUUUCCUUAGUCCUCAAGAUUGUGGUUUUGCCUGACAGUUUCUAUUUAAUCUUGAAUGAUGAAUUUUAUAGUUUGCUGAAGUAUGUAUGCAACUUUCCUUUAAAAAUAUUAGUUGAUUUAAUUAGAUUUGUUUGCUUUUUGCAGCACUUUGAAUCUUCCUUAAAAUGUAUUCUUAAACUCUUAGUUUUUAAGUACUUCCUACAUUACUUGCAAUCAGUUUCAAUCUAGUAGUGAAUAUUAGAUGAUCACAUCCUUGUGUCAGUUUCUCUGUGCAUAGCGUUAAGGAAUUGUUUUAUUUGAUUUUCUAAUGCUGUUUCACAUCCUCUUCACUUCAACAUGGAUUGUGCAUGAAGAGUUGAUCACAGUUCAGAAUUGUAAAGCCUUUUGAAAAUCAGAACAUUGAGUUAGAUUCACUGUGCUCUCAUCUCAGCAUGACUAAGUCUGAAUCCAACCUGUCAGGUCUUGGUCAGUCCAAAACAUGUUAUGUUAAUGCUCAGGUCUGCCAAUACAGGGCUCUAGCACCACUCAAACUGGGAUAUAUGCUUUAGGGUAAUAUUAAACAAGUUCAGUGAAGCAGAGAAGAAUGUUCUGUGUGCUUAGUAUAGAAAACUUAUUAGAGGCAAUAUAAAUCAAGUUAAGUAAACAUUUUUUUACGAUCACCUCUGUGCUAAUAUUCAGGUACGUUUUAAAGAGAUGUUUCAGCUGCGCAAGUGUUAUUUUUGUACUUUGUUUCAUACUGAAACCUUUGGCGGACAUGAAUUUCUAGGUCUUAUAUAUGACAGGGUUUUGGCUCUGAAAUGUUUAGCUCCUAAGUAGGCCACUUUGAUCUAGAUCAUGCCACAUUAAUAUGACAUUGCUUAUUGAUUUAUUGCACUGUCAUAAAUUUAGGAUUGUGGGUGCCAAUAGAUCAACAAUUUAUAGUUGUUUAACAAUUUGAAUAAUUUCAGUAUCGAUUUCCUCCCCAAUAAAACGUUUUCUGUUAGCGAGUUCAGUCUUCCUUCCUUUCUCUUGUUGCUUUCUGAAACAUCUGCAGUGAUUGCAUCCUUCCUGUAGAAAAGUGGUCAAAACUAAAUAAAUGCAUAUGUUGCUGCAUAUCUUUAAAAUAUUUGAGCAAAAGGUUCAGAUCACUUAGAAGCUGUCAGGAACUGACUGUACUUGCCAAUGUAUUUGCUUUUGACCUAAAUAUCCACUUAAUUUCCAAAGGUUUGGAAACUGUACCUAAAGCUUUGUUUAAGCGUUUCAAAAAGCAUUUUGCUCCAGAAGUCGGCUAUUUGAGACUGAAUUCAGAUGUACACCUCCAUGUGUUUAGUCAGAUUGAUUUUAACUGUAAUGAAAUGUAUAUAACGGGGCAGCAGAUUCCCGCCUGGGAUUUUAUUUUUUGUCAUAAAUUAAAGAAAAAGAGAACCCCAGAUUUCAGCUCUGAGCAAAACUGCAACUCAGCGCUAACAGGUUUUCCUCAUUGCUAGAGGUUCCUGUUCAUUGCAUUCUUCUAAAAUAGUAUAAUAGCUAAGGGUACAUCGGCAUUUCAUUUGGUGGGAUAUGCAAAACUUAAUUUAUUGUGCACGUAGCUAACUAUUUUCACAUGUUCAAGUUAAUACUAUAAAAUCAUACCACAAUUUCUUUUGGAAUUUAAAAGCUUUUACAUUUUAAAUAAUCAUGUGUAACGUGUUAGACAUCUUGAAGUCAAAUCCCAUGUAACAUAUAUACUAUUGGUAUAAAUAGCACCUACUGAGUUGAUAGAGUGAUCACUUAUUUUCUUAACAAUAAUUUUCUUCUAUAUCUGAAACUAAAAAAUAAUAAUAAAUGAUCAAAGCUUAACAAUUAUAUUUUCCUGCAUUGUAGAACAGAUGUGUUUGGAUGGAAAGUAACUUGAUAAACAAUCAUGACAUUGACAUUGACAUUAGAAGCUCUUGUUUUCAGAGAUUGAAAAUUUGAUGAAGCAUUGAAGCUAAUAAUAGGAACAAAAAUCUGUUUUUCAUGAAUAAAUGCUUAUAGUAAGAAUACAGGAUUCCCCUGGAAAAAUAAUAAUUAAAACAAAGAAAAACAAAGACAGAUUUAAAUAACUCCCAAAGUAGCUUCGUUUUUUCCAUUUCUACUUGCCAUAUCAUUUAAAAGUACAGCUAUAUUUUAUAAAUAAAUACAAUUUGGUAUGAAAUAUAUAAAGAUGCAAGCUUUCAGAAAUAUAUCCUUCAUUAUAUGCAGUGCAUCUUACACAAAUGUAAAGAAAAGUUAAACAAUAGAUCAAAGAAAUGCGUACAAGUAACUUCAGUGAGAUCUGUUUUAAAAUGUUACUGCAGGCAUUCAGAUGUACCUGAAAGUUAAUCUUUUUGAACUUUUAGUUUUACUUUAAAUAAUCACCUUAAUUCAAGUCGGAAAUUUUAUAAUUUAUUGCAGCAGGACAGCUGAAGUAUAGCAUCAGUACAAUCCAAAAGGAAUACAAGAAACAGCUUGUGUGUAUGAGAAUCCAAGGACAACUCAGAUGGUGAUCUUAAAAAAAGAAAAUAAUUUGAAAGUUCCAUGCUUUUAUUGGAAAGCUGAAAUGUAUGAAUCCUAAAGUAUUUGAAGAUUGGCCACUCAUCCAAACACAGCCCAACUUUUACUGUUCAGUAUUAUCACACAAAGGAGCGAUCUACAAGCCCAAGUUUCUGCAAUUAAUUCCUGGAAGGCCCCUUGGGUGGCUAGCACUGAAUGGUGUAUUGUUUAAAAAAGGCUAGUAUCAGAUUUCAUUUAAGAAAUGUGUGUGUCUGAAUGCCAUAAGUCUGCUUGUGUAAAAAGAUAGAUCUCGCUACAAACACACUUGGUUUUAAAAUGCAUUUAAACAUAGAUAAAAUCUUUAUGCCACUGUCUGUAGGGUGGUAUUAAAUUGGUUGUUCUCUUCUAACAUGUUUGUAAACUGUCAGGAUUAAAUAUGAUCUCUUCAUCCUAAGAUUUUUUCAUAUUGAAUAGAUUAUCUACACACAUAGAGCAUGGGAAGUUGAUAGUUUGGGAUACUUUUUCUUGGGGAUUUUUUUUCAGCUGCAACUCAUCAGAACUCAAUUCUGGCAUCUCUCAGGUGGGCGCCAUUGCCAUUAUACGAGGAAAAGGCAGGCGUUCUUAGUGAGUUGUGGCACCUCUUUUUCUAGAAAAACAGCACUGCCUUUUUUCUUUUGCGUAUUUAAAACAGGUGGCUGAGUGGCACUCGCAAAUCAUACCACAUCAGCUAAUACAAUGGAAGUCUUUUCCUCCCAUGAUAAAUUAUAAUAAUAAUAAAUUUUUAUUUGUACCCUGCCCUGCCCUGCCCGGCCGGAGUUGGGCUCAGAGUGGCUAACAUCAUAUAAAUAAUACAAUAUACAUAAAAGCAAACAAUCAAUUAAAAUGCAUCCCAAAAUUAAUUUAAAUAAUGUACCUGUCCUCCCAAACUCCUGUGUUUCAGCAGCAGUAGUCUGACAUGCAGGUGUUCUAAAUUAUUGAGGAAAUGGGAACAGGAAGAUAUGUGUUAUAGGACGUAGGAGGAUAGGAUGUAGGAGGGAGGGAGGGAGGGAGUGCUGUUGCGUUUGUGUUUGCAGCAACCAGCUUUGUUGCAGUUAAUAAUAACAUGUCACUUGAGGUUGCCUAAGUGAUGGUAAGUUGCAUGAGACUACCCAGUGAUCUUAUGGUAGAAGCAAUAAUUCCUGGAUCUUUGGGAUUUUCUGGAUCACAUCUCAAUUUCUUAGAUAGCAAUCCUUAAUCCCACUUAAUUAAUGGAUAACCCCAUUAAUUCGCUGGGACUUGAUACUAUGUAGACAUGGUUGGGAUUGUGCUAUUAGCUACUAAUCUUCAUCAGUGAUCCAACUGUCAUUGUUAGUGUGGAGUCUCAAUUUAAAAACAUCAUUAGCAGAACAAAUCAUGAAGCAUUGGAUCCCAAGUUAUAUUGGAAAGAACUGACUCAGAGUGUUAACAUAUGGUGGUGCUGCAUUCUAUCAGCAAAUAUUAAUACUUCAGAUUUUAAUACAUUCUGUUUUCAUCAUAACAUUUCAAAUUACAAGUAGCAAUUUUCUUUCUAAUUUCAUUUCACUUUGUCAGCAGAACUGCGGCUUUACCAAGGGUUUCACACUGAGGAUUUCACAGUACAAGAAAAUGAAAAGCUAAAACAAGCAUUUCCACUCUCAUCCAAAAACCCUUAUUGAAUAGAUUUAUUGUCUGAAGGGUGAAAGUAAUUAGUUAAAGAAAAUCUACAACACAGUACAUAAUGUUAGAAGCUCUUUUUUUAUAGGAAAAAAGUGUUGGUAAAAAUAUCUAGGAAAAAUGUAACCCAGAAGUCAUCUGUAGAGUGGUUGGAUUAAUGCUAAGCAGGGAUGGCAAUAACUUAAAUAGAUUAAGAAAAACCCUAACGUGGAAAUGCAAGAAAGAAAGAAAGAAAGGAAGAGAAGAAGGAAGGAAGGAAGGGGGAAAGGAAGAGGAAAAGGAAAAGGAAAGAUUUCUUCUGUAUAAAGUUCAAAGGAAGUGCUCACCUUGUGUGAUUUAUCGUAAGGCCAUGUUUCACAUGAAGGCUGGAAAUAUGAUGCGCUGAUCCUUACAAGUCAAUUGUGCUGACCCUCAAAGGGAUCGGAGUAUAUGGUGCAACCCACACCAAAGAAAUGGUGCAGUUUACAAACCCAUGUACCAUGGUACUUCCAUUUCCCCAGUAUUACUUUAAGUCAGGGGUCAGCAAACGUUUUCAGCAGGGGGCCAGGCCACUGUCCGUCAGACCUUGUGUGGGGCUGGACUAUAUUUUGAAAAAAUAAAUAAAUGAACGAAUUCCUAUGCCCCACAAAUAUCCCAGAGAUGCAUUUUAAAUAAUGCUCCGCCAUGACCUCCCGGCCAAUUUGGAUACAAUAAAGGAACUGGAGGCCCCUCGACUGUCCUCGGGUCCAGUAUUGGACCACUUCGACCGGAUAUCCCCAGCCGAUGUGGACAGACUCCUCCGAGCUGGAAAGCCCACCACCUGUCCUCUCGACCCGUGCCCGUCUUGGCUGAUUAGAGCGUGUCCAGGCGAGGUGCGGGCCCUCCUGGGGAUAUCAUCAAUUUGUCCCUUGGCACGGGACAUUCCCAGGGAACUGAAGGAGGCAGUGGUGCGCCCGCUCUUAAAGAAAACAUCAUUAGAUCCUUUAGAUCUAUCCAAUUACCGCCCGGUUUCGAAUCUUCCGUUCCUGGGUAAGGUGAUUGAGAGAGCGGUUGCUGAACAGCUUGGUGGUUUUCUGGAUGAAACAUCGGCUCUGGAUCCAUUCCAGUCCGGCUUCCGCACUGGUCAUGGGACCGAGACAGCUCUGGUUGCCCUAACAGAUGAUCUUCGUAGACAGCUGGAUCGAGGCGGGUCGGGGCUGCUGAUUCUUCUAGAUCUGUCAGCAGCUUUCGACAUGGUCGAUCACGAACUUCUAGACCACCGCCUUGCCGACGUGGGGAUCCAGGGCACAGUCCUUCAAUGGCUGCGCUCGUUUCUCUCUGGUCGGGGACAGAGGGUGGCGCUUGGGGGGGAAUUGUCAUCGCGCCACUCCUUGGUGUGUGGAGUACCUCAGGGUGCGAUACUCUCCCCGAUGCUUUUCAACAUCUUUAUGCGCCCCCCCUCGCCCAGCUUGUUCGGAGUUUUGGGCUGGGUUGCCAUCAGUAUGCUGAUGACACCCAACUCUAUCUGUUGAUGGAUGGCCAUCCUGACUCGGCCCCAGACACACUGACUAGAUGUUUGGAAGCUGUGGCUGGAUGGUUUCGUGGGAGCCGGUUGAAGCUAAAUCCUUCGAAGACAGAGGUCCUGUGGCUGGGACGGGGCGAUAUGGGAUUGGGGGGGCAACUCCCAUCUCUUGCGGGGCGCAAUUAGUGCCAGCACCGUCCGUUAAGAGUUUGGGUGUAAUCUUCGACACCUCCCUUUCCAUGGAGGCGCAGAUUGCAGCUAUAACAAAGGCGGCAUUUUUCCAUCUCCGCCAAGCUAAGCAGUUGGCUCCUUACCUCUCUCGCCCUGACCUAGCCACUGUGAUCCAUGCGACGGUCACCUCCAGACUGGAUUAUUGUAACUCGCUCUACGUGGGGCUGCCCCUGAGACUGACCCAGAAACUCCAGCGGGUGCAGAAUGCUGCAGCGAGACUCCUUACGAGGUCUUCGCUGCGAGAUCACAUUCACCCGGUGCUAUACCAGCUGCACUGGCUCCCGGUGGAGUACAGGAUCAGGUUUAAGGUGCUGGUUUUAACCUUUAAAGCCCUAUACGGCCUAGGACCCUCGUACCUACGGGACCGCCUCUCCUGGUAUGCCCCACAGAGAAACUUACGGUCUUCGAAUAAAAACAUCUUGAAGGUCCCAGGCCCCAGAGAAGUUAGGCUGGCCUCCACUAUAGCCAGGGCUUUUCGGCUGUGGCUCCGAUCUGGUGGAACACUCUGUCACAAGAGACCAGGGCCCUGCGGGACUUGACAUCUUUCCGCAGGGCCUGCAAGACAGAGCUGUUCCACCAGGCCUUUGGCCAGGGCACAGCCUGACUCCCUCCCUCGGCAAUCUUCGCGGAGCUCUGGCCCAAUGGUUGCCAGUGGCUUGAAUUAAUUAAUUUUAUAACGAAUGAUUUUAGACUGUUGUUUAUGCUGUACUUUUGUACUGUUUUAUUGUUGUUAGCCGCCCUGAGCCCGGCUUCGGCUGGGGAGGGCGGGAUAUAAAUAAAAUUUAUUAUUAUUAUUAAAAGGACGCACUCUACUCAUGUAAAAACAUGCUGAUUCCCGUACUGUCCGCAAGCCGGAUUUAGAAGGCGAUUGGGCCGGAUCCGGCCCCUGGGCCUUAAUUUGCCUACCCAUGCUUUAAGUGAUGUGCUGAUAGAAUAAAUCUUUUGUGUAAACAACCCCCGAGAGCAUACCGUACAAGAGAGGCCCUAGCACCUUAGCUACGUCUACUGGUGUGGAUGCAUGCUUGUGCCCCUCACAGCAGGCACCUACAGUACAGCAUGGAAAAUUUUAAGUCAUGGCUUCCAGCUUCACAGUUGCUACUGCCAGAGAAGUCUGCCUGAGGGACGUUAUCAUAGGAAGGCCCUCAACUCUAGAACUGGCCUGGUGCUAUAGCAAUGAAAAAGGACACAUUUGGUGUUAGGGAUUUAAUGGUUUGGGAUUUAGAUACGCUGUGCUAAAGAAAAGAUACAAAGCAGAGAUCUUUGUGAGUUUGGUUUUCAUUUGCCAUUUUCUUCUUUAAUAUGCUUGUUGUGAAUUAUGCUACUUAGAGAACUUGACUGCUACACCCAGUACAUUGAACAAUGUUGUUCACAGCUAGAUGUUUGUGUUUCUAGUUUUAUUACUUCUAGGCAAUAAAAUGCUUUGCGAUUAUUUUUCAGUCAGUUGUAAUCAACUGUAUCCCCAAACCCAGCUCAUUCAAAUGUUCACUUAGUAACAUGGUCAUCUCAUGGGACUCUUCCACCUCAGAAUGCAUAUGGCAAUUGCUUUUUUUUGAAAGCAUUUAUGUGUGAAAAUCUUCUUGUAAGUGGAAAAUGGAAAGCUUAUUGGCCAGGAAGAAAGCUCAGCUAGCAGUUUAGUUUAUUCAUGUAUUUGAAUUAUUUACUUAAAUAAUGUAAUGUAUUAUUAUUUUUACCUAUUUUGUUCAUUCCUCCAUAAAAUCUUGAGGACUUAUGGUUUUUUAGAUAAUGGGAGCAGCAUGGGUUUGAAUAGCUGACACAUUUAAAGCUAAUACUAAACAUGUCAAUGGUAACUGAUGAAUUUUGAUAAGUUUUUUUUUAACUAUUAGAUUCAAAGUGCUGGUGUUGACCUAUAAAACCUAACAUUUUCAUUUCUUUUUUUAACUUUUUCUUUCUUUUGUCUGUGUCCUAUUGGUUCUUCCCUGAACAGAACAUUGAAGUUUAAGACAUCACUGAGACAGUAAAUUUAUUUUGGGCAAGAGACUUCUUCCUUGCCUUGGCCUUGUUUCCUUUUGGAUUUAAAAAACCAAAUAUUCCUUUUUAACUUGAGAGUUUUAAAACAUAGCUGAUAUUCAGUAGUGACAGCUGGGAGAUGCAAACAAGUAUUGCCAGUGGGGUUGACGAAAACGAUGUCUUGCUUUCUACUAUUUUUCAAGGCACAGAGAUUAUUCUGCUCUUCUGGUACAUAAAUUGGAAGUGAAAGGAGAAAGUGGGAAGGCCAAAUCUCUUCCAUUGACUGAUAAUAGCUGGUUUUUAGACUGCUAUAUACCUGAGUGUCCCUUAGACAUUUUCACACCUGUUAAUCACUGAGAAGUUGUUGUGUAUCUGGGAAACAUUUAAAUGAUCCAGCCAUGUGUGCAGGGGGAAAUCACAUGAGUCUUUUUCAGUAACAUGAAUCCUUGAGGGGAGUUGAGCUUUGAGAAGGACUCUCAUGGCCUGGCAAUAAAAGUCUUGCAGUUUCUUCAUGCCGGUACUGGUACUGAGUUAACUUGCCUCUUUUCUUAGUGCAAGAUCAGGAGUCAUAGUCCUGAACUCUUGCCAAAAACUCUGGGCUAGUACUUUCAGAACUGUCCAGGGUCCUGAACCUGCCUUCUCCAGAACAUUACUGGCUUGUGACCUGUCACCUUGGGAUAAUGGAAUUCUUAGAGGAUCAGGACGACCCUUAAUUGUGUUCUUUAAAUUCCAAGACUCUCAUCCAAGCAUAGUUUAAUGAGUGUUAAAAUGUCAAGAAUAUCCUUUAAAGCUAUUGGCAUUAUUCACUUUCUUCUAUCUUUUCAUUAACAGGAGGAAUGUUUCUUGAACCUAGAAGCGCCUAUUUCAAGAGUGUGUGGUUAUGACACUCCAUUUCCUCACAUAUUUGAGCCAUUCUAUAUCCCAGACAAAUGGAAAUGCUAUGAUGCACUUCGGAAAAUGAUUAAUUAUUGAUCAUGCAGGUAAGUGGGGGGUGGAGAAGAUAUAUUUAGAUAGUUUGGAAUUAGUUUUAAAAUGUUCAGAUAAAAUUCUAAGAUUUUUUUAAAAAACUACAUAAGCCCUUGCCUGCAAUCCCAAACAUGUGUUCUAGGGAGCAAAUAUAAUUGAAUUCUGCAGGAUGAAUUCUUAUUAAACAUAUAUAUGAUUGUGCUACCGUUGAGCAAAGUCACCAUAUAAAUCUGAGUGGCAUGGUAGCAGAUAUUUUUACUUGUUCAGGGUUGCUACAGUUUGGCAAGGGAUUAGACAACCAUUCAUUGAUGCUUAAAACACAUAUUUCGCUAUAAGAUGUGGAUAGAAACAAUUUAUUUUCAAAAAUAACCUUUUUUUGGGUAGUUUUCCUGAUGUAAGACUAAGUGGUUGUUUGGAUCUGCACAGAGAGAAAACUAAAGCAAGCACUGCAAGCCAGACUGUCCUACAGUUUUCAUGGUCUGACUGCUCACUUUAGAGCUAUUUUUUAAGGUUGUUGGUAUCAGUCUGUCUCGAGAGACAAUGGAGGUGACGACUUCUGGGGUGAAGACAAACCUCUGCAUUAGCAGCACCCAAAUAACCUCCCUAGGGCACAAGCCUGGGUGGUGUAUAUGGAGGUUCUGGAUGACAAGAUACCCCCCCCUUCAGCCUCAUUGAUGUAUUCCAAAGGAAAUCGGAGCAAUACAUUUGAAGGGUUGUGGGGCUCUAUCAAGUGGCAUAAGAAAGAGCACAGAGCACUGCAGUGGAAAGGUUAAAUUAACGAAAAUCUUGCCCUGCUCUCUUACUCCUGUGGGAACCUCUGCUGGAUCUUGUUCCCUCUGCAAAGGGAAGGAGACUUUCCCAUUCAUAGAGGGCUAGUUAGGAUCCAAGCCACAGUUUUGUAUACUUGCAAAAUCUGAUUGAUAUCUUUAACAUUUCAGUUAGUACUAAGUACCUAACUGCCUGAUAUAAUACAUUCCUAUUUAGUUAAUUGGUGCAGUGAUUUUUAUCUUAAUUACCUAUUUGUUUGACCUUUACUGCUGCUAGAGCUUUGGGGAGUGGGAAGUAAGUUUAAAAAUAUGCAGACCAAACUGGCAACUUCUCCACCUCCCCAAUUCCCAUUAAAAGCUUUUUCUUUCAUUCCAAGUGCCAGUACAAAUAAAAAGGGGUUUAUAAUGUUUUGCAAGUAUGCUCAUAACACAGGAAAUUCAGUACUUGUGGGAGGCUACUAAUAAUUACUCUUUCUUUGUCUUUUCUAUAUCCAAAUUGAGUAAAAUGACCAAGAGCUUACUGAAUAUAUGAGACUUCAGGGCCACUUCAGACAUGAAAUUUCAUACAUGAAGGUUGCCUGUGUAAAUAGAAGCAAACAUUUCUAGAUCAUGUGCUUUAUUGGCAUUCUAACCGCAGUAUUUCCCUUUGCAAUCAUAACAGGACACUAAAGUGAGGUUAUGUGAUGAUGUUAUGUCUUGCCAGAAAAAAAUAUCAUUAAACAUGGUAUAGCAAUCAAGGCAACCGAAUUAUAAGACUAGGGUUAUGUUUAUGCCAUUUCCACAUGCACGCUGUGUUCCAUAGUAGUAGCAAUUAAUAAUGGGCCAUGCAAGCCUAGCACCGUACAAAUUAUUAUUUUUAAAUUUAUCUGACAAGAAGCUUACAAUUCAGUGAAAAUUGCAACAUUAGUGUGCGUGAGAGAGAGAGAGAGAAGUAAAAGAGGGAUGAAAGUAACAGAAAGGACUGACUGCCAAAGCGCAUACAUGCUUUCUGAAAGAGGUCUUUUUAUUGUAUUUCUUUAAAGUCUAAAUUGAAUUAGAGUAUAUUUCAACAAACGGAACAUUCCAAAUGGAAUGAUGAAAGGAAAUGCAUGAAAUGCAUGAACGUAAGAAGAGUUCUGCAGGAUCAGACCAAAGUCCCAUCUAGUCCACUGAUGAUCCAGAUGCCCAUAGGAAGGCUAUGAGUAGGAUAUGAGCACAACAGCAUUCUCCAGCUCCUUAUUCCAGCCUGUUGCUGUUCUGCUGGAUCAAACAUAUUAACUAGUAGCCAUUGAUAGCUUUACCAUCCAUGAAUCUCUAAAAAGUGCAUAGGAUUGUAACCUUCAAUGCCUAAAAGUGUGCAUAUUGAAAUUCUGCAUAAACAUUUUCUACUUGUUUGUAAUACGUUCUCUUUCCCCCCCCAGAAACAACCUCUGUUAGACAUUCUCUGCUUCUACAAAGGUGAGAAGAACAAGAAGAAAAAGCAGUUGCUGUUGGUGGAACUAUUAACAUAAAAUUGAGAUCUUUCAAAAAUUGUAGAGGAGAACUAAGUGAGAUUAUUUUCUCAAAUGCAUUGAUUUGGAUACUCAUCUUGGCUAUUCAUCAAAAGCUCAACAUUUCUGCCAGCUGUGCAUUCAAGAAUGGGCAGGUGAUUGCCGUGAAACAUUGGCUGUGAUUCUCUUUCCCCGCUCCCCAUUCGGAAUGUGACAAAACUUCUAAAAUGUUUUACCAUAUAAAUGAUGUAUUGGGUUCCACACAAUGAAGAUAGAGGGUUGUAUCCAAUAUUGCUGUUCCACUAGCACAAAAGACUUCUGUUUGUGCAAUAGAAUUUACUCCUCCUCUCCCCUUUAGCUCCUUGUGCACCCUCAAAAUCUCCAGAGGGUUGGGGGUCCUUUGGCGCAGAUUUGCAGGAAGAUGAGAGGAAGUGGGAUUCUCAUAGCGGACCAUUGCCCACACAUCAUUAGAUACAGCCCACUAAUCAGGAAGCAUUUGGUAUGCUUUUUUGUGUGCCUUACUAGAUAGAUCUUUUUACUUUGAUUUCACAACAGACUUAUUUGUGUUUCAACUAAAACUGGCAGUGGUUUUACACUUGGACAUUUUCUUUUCUACACUUGAGUAUGAAAGUUAGAUAUUGCAUUAUGAUUCUAUUUUGAAUGCAAAGCAAAAAUGUUAACCUUGAAUAUAAUAACUGUAUCAUUAGAGAAAAAUGUGCAUUUUUCUAAAUGGGUUUAUCUCAGCACCCCAAAGCAUUGCAUUUACUUACUAACACAUUUUACAUUUUUAAUGCAUUUUAAAACAGGUAUAGAUUCAUAACAUGGAUGGUUGGAAUUCUUCAGUUUCUGUGCUGCUCUCACAGCCUUGUCUAGAUGGCAGUGUGCACCUAUUCAACCUGGAUAAAUGCCUUUAAAAGUGUUUACCAUACAAAAACAGAUACUUGUAAAUGUGAAAAUUGUACAUGCUUUUUGCCAAAAUGCAGCACAUGACAAUGAAAUCCUCAGUUAAAAAGUCACAAAUGAAAUGUAUCUUCAUUAGUAUCGGGCAUAUGAUACCCUGGACCUCUAAGUAUUUUGAAAGGUAACAUUUUUAUGUAAGUUAACAUAAGGAAUGUUUAUGUUAACUAUGUUUAAACAUUAGCUUUUAAAAUAAAAUGUAAGAUUGUUUGUGCUAGUUUGUGCUUUUUCAUUUACAAAUUGUAUUACAGGCCUACAGUUUGAAAGAUAAAAACAUAGUUUGCUGCAAGUAAUAAUCUAUUCUGAUUCCUGAAUGCAGGCCAGCAUAGAAAGAAGUAUGCAACUGUACGAAUGCAUAUAUUUAUUCUGAAAUUAGAAUUGGUUUGGCUAUGCCUGCUUACCUAAUCAAAUUUAGUUACUGAUAGAAAUGCAGUUUCUUGAGACAUCUGUUGCUUUUUGCUUUUGUAAGGGUCUGAACUAAGUUGUUCAUAAAGUAAUAAUGAGCAAAUACUUCUCCCAUUCUGCCUGUAUAUAUCUUUAGGAAAGGCUAAUGAGAAGAUGUUCCAUUGCUUGAUGGAAGCUUUAAAGUACCCAAUAGCCUUGUGAAUAACAUUAAUAUGUGAGUACAUCCUCUAACAAGCUGAAGUGCUCAUGUUUAAAAAGACAACUGGAUGUCUCUGUAUGAUUUCAUCGCUCCAUGAAAGCUAGCUGUGGGAUGCUACGAAAGACAUCCAAAAUUCAUGUUCUUUUAAAAAGAAAACCUGUUAAAAAUACUGCCUCUCUUUUUACCACAGUCAAGUACCACAAGCGUGCAAAACUCAUUCUGUGUAUUGGCAGGUGUGUUUUUUUAAUAGAAAAAAUGUUGUUUACAAAUCCAUCACAAUUUGUACAAACAGAUUUUACGAAACAAUUGUUUAAGGAGAAAGAACGAAAAGGCUAACACAUAUAUAUCCAUGUUCCUUAUAGCUUAUCAAGUCUGCAACUGGAAAGCUGCAUAUCAAAGAAAAAAAGUCAGAAAUACUCCAUUUCAAAAUAAAUUUCUUGGCAUUUAGUGAAUGCGCAAGUUAUUCCCUUACAAGCAGGUUAUUGGCUUUGUCGCUUAAAGCCUUGGCUACAAACAGAUAUUUUGAGUAAAUCUCCACCUCCAUUGUAGUUUCCAUAUGAUUUCUAUAAGUCAUGGCAUGGAUCCAAAGACCAGUUUAACUUUUCGUGAGCCUAAGGUUUAGGGUUAGUCCUUUUCUUUUUAAAUAGCAGUUCUUCAUGUUGUGUGGCAUUUGAAACUGAAGGGGAUUUUUAAAAUACUGCUGAAUUAGGGAGGGAGGAAUCAGAUAUUUAAAGCAAAAAAGUAAAAGAUAAAUGAAACUUAAGGCCAGGAUCCAAGCAACAGGUUUUGUCCUUGGUUUGAAUCUCAGUUACCCCUAUUUAUCAGGCAGCAACACUUUGGUUUUCUGUUCGUGAUCUUCCAGCAGAACACCCACCUGUUCUACUAUGAAGCACCUUUGGUGCUAGUGUGAAUGAAUAUGGAUAGUAUGACAAAGUAUUACAUUUAUUGAGAUGAUUAAGCUAAGAUUUGAUAUUGUUCCCACCCACCUGUUUAUUUUUUUGAGAAGUAUCAAGAUCUUCUGUCUUCUAAACUUGCCAAGAGAAUUAUUGAUUUUUACAAGCCACCUGAGGAAUCUAAUCUUGCUGCUAAAUAUUGCAUGCAUUGAUUUACUGUUAAUGCUGCUAGAUGAGCAUAGGUAGCACUUGAUUCUUUUUGUCACGGUUGCACCAUUCCUGUGUGAUACUUAGGUCUGAUGCUAAUUUUGAAAAUGGAAUCACACAUAACCUUUGUUCUGUGUGGGUGGUGUAGUGUCUCUCCAACACAACAGAACUGUCUUGAAUAUUUCUUUUGAGUUUUAAAAUAUUUUUUAAAGGUGCUACCUUUAAGCUAAGUGAUGAAUUGGGAUGUAGGAUGGAGAGCAAAGGGGACUUAAAUGCUAAAAACAGUAAUACUAAAAAACAGGGGUGGCUCAUGAAACCUGCCCCCUGCUUAGCCUAUAGAUUGCCUGGCAUAAUUUAUCUGAUUUAUAAUUCAGAGGGGAAUGAAUGUUUGUGAAGAAGAAAAAUGCAACCAGGGUUGUUUCAAAAGAUGGUUGGAUGGCUGUUAUGGAAUCUUGAUUGCUAUCACAGCCAACUUCUACACAUGUUUGUUCUUAUGCUAUCCCUAGAAAAGUCUCUAUGGACUUUCUCACUUUUAACGACUAUCAAUAAAUGCAAGCUUCCUUAGUUCUUGUAUGCCUUUUAUGAUUAAAGUUACAGAAGGUACCAGUUUCAAUUAUUUGCUAGAUGACUUAAAAGCUUAAUUAGAGCAAAAACUUUGUUUUUUCUUUAUCAGGGCUCUGGAGAACGUGUGUUUUGCAUUUCCUUGUUAAUGUCUAACAUUUAAAAGCACAACAGACGAGUCUGCCAUGAAACUGAAAACUUCAGUCAACAACUGCUAUAAUUAUGUUUGUGCAUUUCUAUAUGGAUUCUGAGUGGUUCAUAUUAAGUGACUCAAUUCUGGCACCUACUCAUGAAUAACUGAUUUGAGGAAGUUUUAGGUCUUUCUUUUGCCUGUGCUAUGUGAUUUGGACCAUAUCUGUGAACAUAAGAUAACAAAGACAUGUUGUGCUUUACCCAAGCCUCCCUUAAAUGUACUCUUAGAUGCACUGAGUGAAUGAUUUAGGAUUCAUGGGUUAAGCCUAAUGCAGGAGUUUUUGGAUUUUUAUGGUGAUAUUUCCUGAGAUCUUUUAAAAGUGACUGAUGAAAUUUUGUGUUUUCUGCUUCUCUUGUAUCCCUUACCUGGACUCCCUUGAGUUAUUAAUGAGAAUAUUAGUGUAUCAUCUAGUUUUCAUUCCAUUAACUUCCCAUGUCAAUAUUUAAAUCUAUUUCCCCACCCACAUUAAUUUCAUUAACUUCUUCUCCCACAAAUUUAUCCCCUUGCCUUCUAGUGUAUUCAUUUUUAUCUUCUGCAUUCCAAUUUCCCCUUCCUGCAAUAAACCAAAAUCAGCAGACAAUUUGCUCACCAAUGCUUGUAUUGUUCAAAAGUGGUGCUGCUUGCUGCUUUUAUUAUUAAGUGCUGAAGUACUGUUCCUGGCUGUGGUGCUUGUUCUACCAUGAGGCUUGUGUCAGCACUUGGGACAGGUCACUGAAGACUGCCAGUCUGGCUGCUGAUAGCAUCACUAUAUACCGGUAAUAGCCCUGCCAGAAAUUUACACUUCAGGACCAUUCACUCAAACAAUGUGAACUGAAGAAAAGAGUCAUGGGGGGGGGCAUUUAUGGUGGAAGUUACUUGUAGGAAGUCCAGGGACUAUAAAAACCCAAGAAAAAGAACCAGAUUUUUUUUUGAAAAGUCACUAUUUUGCAGCAGUAAAAGGUGGGUGUGGGGACAUAGAAUUCUGUAGGCCAUAAAAUAUCUCUUGGUGCAUGUUUAUUUUGAAGUGAAUGUGAUUAACUACUUGCAUUUGAUAUGUCAGAAGUUGAAAAUCAAUUGUACUUGGCUAGAAAUGGCAAUGAGAAAUCCUCAAAGUGAUUGGAUAAUUAAUUGAAUAUGCAUCGAUUGUACAAUUGGCUCUUCAAUAAUAUGUGCAAAUACAAUUU